GUUCUGUUUGCUGGCAGUGGAAACUGGUCGUGGCAGAGCAGAGAUGUAGCGUAGCUCACUGGGACUCCGUGGCCAGCCGUCUGUCACUUUUACCGGGGGAUUAUUUGUUUGACAUUACCGCGGAAUGGAAAAUACUGGAUGUGUUUCUUUCGCACAUUACACGCCAUGAAAGUGACGCGUAAUGCGACUGAAAAGAAGUACCUUUGGGGGGAGAUAUUUAUGGUUCAGGACGGUUUUGUUGGAGUAGCUAGUUGCUAGCGCUGGGCUAGCGACCGAGCUGGCUACUUCGACUGUAUUUUGCAAGGAUGCUCCGGUGGAUACGACAACAGCUGGUAAAGACUGCUCUCAUACCUUUCUUACAACGCUGUUUCCUCUUUAACUCAACAUAGGAGUCACUAAGUACAAGGUUUUGUCCCCGGGAAGAUGUAUGAACUUUAUUAAGCAAGCUAACCCUGGAAAUUAGCUGUUGCUGUUGUGUACAAAACAUUGUCCGAAUUGCUCUAAUGACAGCCAGGUAGAGGUUGCGUUAGCUACCUUACCAGCUAGCUUCCUGUAAUUUACCGACAAAAAGGCAGCGUGAAUCGAAGAGUUGUUGACAAUAAAUCGAGUUUUAGCUGUUCUUUUGAAUUGUUUAGAAGUUUGCUAGCAAUUUAACCACGGCUCCCUCCUGUACCAUUGUAAAACUUGAAUUAAAAGUUAACCAUUAAAGCUCCUGUUGGCAACUUGGAGCUUGUUGUCAACUUUGGCGCCCCAUGUGGACAAAGCAGUCUUUGCUUAUCUUGUACCAUAAGUUCUAGUAAUAGUAGUAAAAGUGCCUUCUCUUAAAACUCGUAUUUUUUUUACUCCUGAUACUUCAAUACAGGGCUUGAUACUAACUUUUUUUAGAAGGAGCACAUGUGGUACUAAGUUGAAAAAGUAAGGAGCACGCAAAGAACUUUAGGUGCACAAUAAAAACUGAUCGAAUAAUUUUUGUCUUAUUGGUGGACUUAAGUUUUAUCAUUUGGAAUCAAUUGUCGGUCUUUUGGUCACAUGACAUGGGAGCUACUGAAGGAAAACAGCCUUUUUUGAGAACAUCAACUGGUUGAUGGUCCCUUAUUCAACCCUAGACGUUAACAGUGAGGAUGCCGAGUAGAUUUAACUGUGCUGCUCGUGGAGAGUGAAAAGACACCAGUAGAUCCGCAGUGAAUGUCCGUCGAUUAUCCAACCUAAAACUAACUUCACUGCGGUAAUUACAUGAAAAAACAUCUGUCGCCUCGGAUGAUUGUUUUUUUUUUUAUGCAUACAUGUGCCCCUAAAAACGUUUUACAAUUCGCACACAUCUAAUUUUAGCCGCAAAUGCGAGUGAAAUAGUCGCACUGUCGAGCCCUGCAAUGUGUAAUUUGUAGGGGAAUAUUUAUUGUGAAAAUCGUGAAGACAGGGGUGUAUCCUCAGCUGCUCCACUGACAACAACUCCCUUACAGUAGUUUCAAUCUCAAAAAAGUUUUUUUUCUUGUCACUGAUGGUCUUAUUUUUUUUGUAUAUCAUAAAAAGACAUCAAUAUGUAUUUACUCUAUUUAAAAAUAAUUACCACAGAAGCUUUAAUGUGAGUUAGCUGGACAACAGCUUAAAAAGUAAUUUGAGUAACUAAAUAUUCACGAGGAGCAACCUUUAUUUGCUGUAAUCACCUGCUGUUUGCCUACAAACAUGGCUGUAUGUUGAUGUGUUAUUUGGCGAAGGCAUGAAAGUAGCAAGACCGGUAAAUGACAGUCAUUGGGUCUAGAGCCUGCAUAAUUGAGAUUUUUAGCCUUUUUUCCACCUGUCUAUGAGUCUUCGGAUAAUUCUUUCUGAUAUUAAAAAACCCCCACAGAUUUGGUAUUAUUUCUGAGUUGUUGAUGUGACCAGAUAGUUCAUUUUUGUACUUUAUUCAUAAGUGAAGACAUAGUGGGUGGUGGGAGCUUACUACUGGAAUGUGUUACAGUAAAAGCUAGUUAUUAUGCUUAGCCGACUUCAUAGACAAAUAUGCAGGGAAUUAAUUUAAAGAACAGUUCUCACCAAUGCCAAUAACAACUGAACACAUGAAACCUCCGUAAUGUAGAAUUUUAGGGUAGAGCUUGUGUAACGGGUUGCUUUAGAUUCCUCAAGUUUUUUGAAGUGUUAUGGCUGGUUGGUGUAGAAAUUGUUGAGUUGUGUGAUAGUAGAGGAGGUGUGUAAGCAUGUGAGGUGGACACGCCCAUGUGAAUGAAUGGAGGAGUGCACGCCGUACAUUAGUCAUAGUUUUCCUCUGUCUUCUGUUGAUGUCACCAUCGCCUGAGAGGAGUACAGGCGUUGCUCAGUUCCCAUGUUGAGUCCUCCUUAAAAUAACUCGAUCAGCUGAAAGUUAUUCUGGAUGAAAAAAUAUUCUUUCAGCUUAUAAAGGUUAAGCCUUAAGAGAGUAAAAAGUGGUGGCCCUGCUUUGCCCAAUUUGAGAUAGCCCAGCCUAUUUGACCCAUACCAUAUAAUUGACCUGUCUUCUUAAUUAAAAGUGUAAUUAAAAUGCAUCUUAGUGCAACAUGGCUUAAUGAAAAAGUUCGUGGGUAGGCAUUUGUCUGACCCUGUUAUCAGCUGGAGGGCAAUACAGUUAUGUUUAUUCUCGUACCGAGCGCUUAUCUGUUUCUUUCAUGUGACACUGGUGCACUUAUUAAAAAAAAGGAGGAGGAAGAAGAGGUGAGAAAGGCCUCACUUAGAGUCAGAGAAGCUUUAAUGUCAGGCUUCCUCCAUCAGCAGUGCUGACAUCAUGUAAGUUAUGCUGCAGUUACAUCAUGAAAAGCCAACGGUAAUCAAAGUACAAACAGCAGGAGCAACCCGGCAAACUCUUAAACAUCUUGUUCUUUGAAUAUUUCCCACGGGGAAUUACAAAUUUCUGGGUUUAAAUAUUAAUGCGUACUUUUUGCAAAGCACAUCUAGUUUUGAUAUUGAUUUGCUACUUCCAGUGCAGCACCAGGUCAUCGCCCUGAGCCCUCAUAGUGUUUAUGUCAACCUAGAUGUACAGAACAUCUGACAUGUGUGACGUAAAGGCUUAACAGCUGCUAUUUUAGUAUGAGGAAAGACCAAAUUCAGAUUUUGUCCUAAAAUAUGUAUGAUAUCAAAGAGUAUUACAGCUCUUAUUUUUUUCACUUUGAUUUCCCAAAGGCAUACUUUGCAAAUACAAAGCUUUGCUGCAGCACUGCUUUAUUCAGCUGAUGCAAAAUUAUGAAUAUUGCUUCAAUGCUCAAAGAGAAGAGAUUUUAGUCAAGUCAUUGCUUACAACUGAAUAGUUAGCAACUUUUUUGAACAAAAGAAAAAAAAAUCUUUAGAUAAAGGCUAUUUCAAACUCUUUUUGAAUGACCUAAAUUUUUGUGAUAAAACAGUGAAAUUCAGUAAAACUACACCUGAGAAAAUGAAAGAACAGGGAAAUCAAAAUAGAUGUCUGCAUACAUUUUCUUAUCUUUCAUUACAUGUACUAAUCUCAGUCCAUUCAGUAUUUUAUAGUCAUUAUCUGUAUUCAUCUUCCACAUUGUUGUGACAACUCAACACAUUCAAUAAAAAUGUCUGAUACUUAUAAUAGGUGGUCUAUUCCACCCUUUGUGAGAGUUCCUUGUAAUGUUUAGCUCUACUUCAGGCGACUUAUUUCAUGCCACAUGUUGUCAGAUAUCUGCUUGGCAUGCCUGCAGCUACGUUAGUAUUGGCGUUGUCAUCAGUAAUAUCAUCAAAAGCAGCACCUACAGCACAUGACUACAGUCCACUGCUCUCACCAUCUCUCUCUCUCUCUCUCUCUCUCUUAGUCUUUUACUUCAUACGUGACACCCUCUCACAAUCUCUGAUUAGCUUAUCCCGUUUGAUUAAAUGCCUCUUAGUCUAUAAUACAACUCACUGUGUUGCUGUGGUUGUGCUGUAUUAGUCUGUCCCCCUCCAGACACUGUUUAGGGCAAUGAUUCCCCCAAGGCACUGUGGGACUUGUAGGCUUUAUGGGGGGAGUAAUUACCUGUUGGCCUAAAAAUAGAUGGGAGCAUGAGAGUCGGUGGGCAGAAAGAGUCUGAUAUUAGCUACACUGUGGUACAACAAAGCCUCAUUGAAUCAUGACUUGUCAGUAUUUUUGUGUUAUAUUCAUCGUAUACCUGCUCUAAAGUUUUUGAGAGCUCUGAUAUUGAUUUAAUACUAGAUUGAUUUUUUUUUUUUUUUUUUUGGGAUCAGUGUUCCUUUUAAUGGGUGAAUUAAAACAGACUGAGAAGGACUUCAUCUUACUGGUUUACUAAAGACCUUUAAAAUGUCCCAAUUUUUUUAUUAGGUACAGUGUUAGUCUGAUUUCUACUCUCCGUAAAAACUUCCAAAUCUACACAUUAGGGGUGUGAGAAAAAAUCGUUACGGCAUAGUAUCGCGAUAUUUUGUCUGGUGAUAUAUCGUAUCAUCUCACUUACCUAAUAUCAAUUUUUAUUUUCAAAUUAAUUGUUAAUAUAAAGUCAAAUCUAUGAUAAUAGAAAAAUAAAAUCAACUGUUUGUCCAGUGAGGUUAGCUAAAAAAAUCAACUGAAACAGUUGAAAAAUUGUAUAGAUCGCAAUAUAUUGUAUAGACACCAUGGAUGAGGAGAUGCUGAUUCUAGAAGUCUAGAAGUAGAUUUCGUCCUCUGGAAGGACACAAUCUACUGCUUAUAUCCUUAUAUGGCUAUAGAGACAACUCGUUAUUGCGUGAUUGCAUAUGAAUCCGUGGGUUCUUGUGGGUUCUCGCGAUUCGCUGUCCGUAAUCCACCACGAAAUUUGCCUCACAAACAGAUUCGGUAGGAAUUGUCGGCAAAAGUCGCUGCCGUUCUUGAUCGGAGCUGUUUUGGAUGGGUUGGAAAUUCGGGGUUAAUCUGAUACACCGCAGACGACAAAUCCUUUAAAUAACCGACUUUACAUUGACCUCAGGAAAUAUUCUAAUUAAGAUUUUUGAUUUCUGAAUUUCAUGAACAGCAAGCCAAAAUCUUUACAACUCAAAAAAGGGCCUGAAUGUCAAAAUAUCAAACUUCUCCUUUUUUUAAUUUAAAUUACUAAAAAUAAAGAUAAAGAACUAAUUUUGAGCUGUACCCGCACAUACAGAGAGUGUGUAAUGGGAGGUUUAAGAGGCAUUGGUAUUGUUCCUGGAUGGUCAGAUAUGUGUGUAUGAAGAUGAUGCAGGAUGUUUACUUUCCCUUUUAUGCACUUCAAAAAACACGCAAUUAGACUGCAAUUGUUUGGCGAUCGUGUUUGGACAAAGCUCUGGCUCCGUGUAUGGGGAACAAAUAAAGUGGCGUCGAGCAACAGGUAGCGCCACGCUGAUGUGACGUCUGCCUCUGCCAGCUACUCUCCUCCUUCAUCCACGUUUUUGCUCAUGAGGAACACUGCCACAGCACUGGCACUGACAAAUGCUUCCUCUGUUUGCCCUUGUGUAGCAGUGCACUAGAUCUCACCGUAUCACUUGCUUUAGUUACCAGAUAAAGUCAUUUCCUUGGCAUGCUUGCCCAUGAAUUAAGUGAGACUAAAUGUUUGAAGGAUAGUAGAUCAGAGGAUUUUAAGUAGCAGGUUUAACAGAAGGAACAUUUCUAUGCAUAAAAAAAAAUAACAUUCGCUUUGUUUCACAAGUUUUUAAAUUUUGCAAUAAUCUGUUCAUGUUUUAUUGCAAGUUUCCUCACUUAUUCAUAAAGAUAAAACAGAAAAAUGUCAAGUAGAACUGAAACAUUUUCUUAGACUCGAGCAUUGACAACCUAAAGCUGCAUUGCAGUGCUCUCAGAAACAUUGAGUAAUCUGAAUCCUUAAAUGUCACAAGGCUUCAUCCUUGUUACAGUAAACCCUGGCAGUUUUGUAUGUACUCAACCUGCAGUUAAGAUAACUUAAGCUACUGUGUGCAAAGACAUUAAUGAUUAAGCAACAUAACUGAUGGUGUGGGGUGAAGCUACAGUUUCUUCAUCUCUUUGGACUCUUUGUCAAACUGGGUGGAGAACAGCUAAGACAAAUGUUCAUUCACCAUGUUUUCCACAUUGAUCAUCAUUAAAAGGUGCGCUGAGUAAGAUCCUUUAUGCCCCUUUUCUCAACAUUACUGUGAUCCCUUUUAAGGAUGCAUUAGCUCCUUGGUCAGUGCCAAUGACUCAACAAGUUCCUUGUCAACUGUGUGAAUUUCUGGCUUAUUAAACUCUCCCUGGACAGUUUGUGCAGUAGCUGUUUCCAAAAGGGUUGAAACUUAGUAUGACUUCAUAUCUUUUUAUAUGUCUCUGUCUGAUCCAAAUUAGUGUUGGGCGGUAUGAACAAAGUCUUAUAUCUCAUGAGUAAUUUCAUAUCAUGGUAUAUUUUUUCCCCAUGUAAAUUCAAUUAGUGGCUUAAAAAUAACAAUACUGUCACAUUUGUUCAUUUUCCUUUUAUUUUUAUUCAGAUUCGUAUACAAAUGCAACAAAAAUGCCAGACCAGUCCGGUGAUUUUUUUUUUUUAUCGUAUGAUGUACCUUUGGCAAAAGACUCGGCCAAGCUCUUUCGUGUGAGAGGAGCUGCUGCAACUUUAGUUUUUGGUGCAGCGGGUGUGCCACACGUCUUUUGGCUCUCAUAAUAGAGCUUGUCGUGUUUCAUCUUUAGGUGGUGGAAGAGGUUGCAGGUGUUUCCACCUCCAGCAACAACAGCCACAUGACACUCUUUACAUUUUUUUUUUUUGAUCAUUGUCGGAUUUCCUAAAUCCGAAGAAUCUGCGACUUGCGCCCCUCUUCGUAACGAGUUCCUCCUCCUCCUCGUGUUGGGUGGGUUGGGCUGCCUCCAUUUGCUCGGUACUGCCACUUAUCUCCGUGUUCCCCAUGACCAUCACCAGUUGAGCUGUUUCUUCUCUGUUAAAAUUAUGCCAAGCAGUCUGCUGGACAUUCUGGUGAUUAUAGGGAGUGCACCCAAACCUGACCUAUCAAACAGAGCAGGCGAACUCCGCACAACAUGCUGGUGAAUAUACAGAAACGCACCCAAACGAAUGCGCUCCGGUUUUCCAGUGAGCGAGCGUAGACAACUACACAUUGACUCAGAGAGAUGCAGCAGACAUCUGCCCAUUCUCUCUGGUAUAAAGGGUAUAGCAAAAUUUCUACCAGUAGACACUUUUAUACCCUCACACGUUAUAUACUGUUGUACUGCCCAACACUAAUCCUAAUCCACUAAAACUAGUUGCAGAGGGAAUUGUAGAGGUGUAAGUGUACUGUACGCAACUGGAAGGUUUGGUGUCCUAGAUUAAAAACAUACUAAAAAGUUUCAUGAUUUAUGAGCAUUUUCUUCCAAAACCAAUCACAAGAAAGUUUGAUGAUGAUCUAAAUGUUAGUUUUGCAUGUUUAUCCUUGUGACUCAGUCUAUUUAAGAAGAAUUCAUUGCAUUUACAUAGUCCCCAGUAUACUAGUGCAGGAUAUUGUGAGCAGUUUUUACACAGGAUCCUUCGUUUUCAGCCUCAAUGCUGAUUCAUUUCCCUUUUAUCAGGUUUCCAUAGUGAGGUGAGACCGUUUCCCACUUCUGAGGAGGUCGUACACUUAUCAGUCUGGUGUGGUUAAUGUGGCUAACUCUCACUAAGCCUCUGUGCUUGUGAGUGGAAAUUCUUAAUAAGAUAAAACAAAAAAGAGAGUUAACACUUCCCCUCCUCAGGUCAUGUCAUUUGUGACCAGGGUCAGUGUUGCUGCGUCUGAAGACAAAGGUUGAAGUGUAACUAAUUUUGGAGUGUAGCCUGCUGCCUCCUUCACUUGAGGCCAUGCUACCAAAAUUACAGACCUGACUGAACAAGGCAGCUGAGUUGCAUUGCAGCCAAUAAAGGCAGCAUGUUUUUAAAAAGACAAAUAGAACAAGAAAAACUAAACCCCCGGGUUUAAUCCAGACUAUGAAAGAGGUUCAACUCCAAAUUAUUCAUCAGUGGUCCCUCUUAUUUGUAGUAUACCUUCCUAACCAAUCUCCAGACAAUAUUGCAUAGAUUAUAUAUGCUUGCAUUAGGUUUAUUAGAGCCGGUUUAAGCAGGCUGAAAAAAGGUCUUAAAGCCGUAACAAAAAAUUGAUUUUUUUAUCAUGUCUGGAAGUUAUCAUUCAGUAGGUUCUUACCUUUUUUAAAGUCCCACUCCGAUUGUUUUUUUUUUACUACUUAAAAGUGUUCUCAGUGGUCUUUAAAUUGUGAUUAUGAUUAUGUUACCUGUGUCAUUUUCAAGUGCUUUUCUUCUGCAGAGCUCCAGUAGUUCAUUAGAAAUUUGCCUCUGAGUCAUGGGCGGAGACAGCGCUGCUCUGCACACUCCUCUUCACGCUAGCUUGCAGCCUAACAUUGCGGGCGUGGUAGAAGUGGCAGGUAACAUAGGAGCUAUUCUGCUCCCGGGCACUAAUGUCUUUAGGGACAUGAUGAAACUAAUAUCAUAAUUAGCUUUCUUACAAGCAUUUCAAACCGCUAACGCACACGCUUUUUCCGCGAUCGUCCUCUCUUUUUCUCAGAGCCUGGCCUGCAUAGCGAGGCUCCAGAGGUGGAGCUUGGAUUGGUUACGUAGGAAAUGUCUCUCUAUCUCAUACUGCCGUUUGGGUCUGCCAAAAAUUCAUAGUGAUUUGAAUGCAGAAAUCCUAAGAAAUGCAAUUUCACUCUUAUUUUUCUCAUGAUGUGUCCUCUAGUUUCAGAAAAAUGCCAUAUGAACAUGUAGACAACAAGAAAAACAUGAUUUUCAUCAGAGAGGGUCUUCAAGUUUCAGCAGCAAACGAAGGAAAGCUCGGGUUAAUACCAGCAGCUUUACACAGAUCCAUCAUUGCUGGAGGCAAUCAGUAAACAGCAGAAGUAGACCAUUAGGUGAAUGUUCAAACAGCAAAAGGAGACUGGACACCAAAGGAGAGAUUUAGUGAGUGCCUUUGAGUGUCCCCUGCUGUUAGAUUGUAUUGGAAACACAUGUCAUCACGUCUUGGCUUUGCACGUCAAGGCUAAAUUAGGCUGACCCGGGCUGAUGGAAAAACCCUUUUAGAGCUUGUUGUUGAAAGAUGAGGGUUAAGAAAUUUCAUUUGGUGCUGUAUUUGAAAGCUUUUAGGAAAGUGAACAAGAAGCGAUCAGGGAAAAUAGAAAACCUUGAGGGUCCUUAGAGUGGAUCAGUGUUUGGUGAUGACAGAGUCCGGGCCCUGUUCAAGCAAAGUGAAUGUAGAAAAUUGAAUUCUCCUGUUGGUUUAGUAAAUUGAGCGUAGGUACAAUACCAGUCAAGACAACAAGGCUUUUUAACUUUGACUACAGGGAGAAAUGCAAAUCCACUCCUGUGAAGAAGCAUCAAUGUCUGAGUGAUGUUAGCUCAAAGAAAAUGCAGUUGCGUAACAGAGGUGCAGAUGUCUUAAACCUCGCUGUAAUAUGUGGCGCUUAACUCUAGAUAACAGGAAGACAGCAGCAGCAAGGACAAGGAGCGAGAGCUGGGUGCAGAGCUUUAGAGAGCGAAACAGAAAGGCGGUAAUAGUUUACAUGUGUCCCUGAACAGAGGUGAAUGUGUGUGUGUGUGUGUGUGUGUGUGUGUGUGUGUGUGUGUGUGUGAGCAAGUGACGUGGCCCGGAUGCAUUCUUCUGUGUGUGUAUGGGUGUGUGUGUGGGACUGACGUCAUGCAACAUUUGCAAGCGACUGUGUGCGCUAGCUUUUGCCUUCUCAGUGUUGCAGUUUUGCAGGGUGUGACACACAGGACAUUGAAAGACGAUUAUGUUGGGGAUAAAGCGGGAGGUUAUGAGAUAUGAUGAUGCAGUCUUUUGUGAAAUAGCUGCAGGAAAUUUGCUUGGCUUCAUUUUUGGUUCAAGAUGAAAAGAAAAAAAGACAUUUACAGAUGGUAUCGAUAACUUUCCUUUUGUGAUCCAGUGCCUUCGAUUCACAAAUAUUUGCUUACAGGACUUUCAGAUAUGUCUUUGAUAACACUGAUGAAACAAAACCUGUUUUUCUUUUGAGUUAGAAAGAUAAUUAAGUUUGUUUGCAUGAACUUUUCAGACAUUUUUGUGCCAUCUUACACCUUAAUAACCACAAUUCAAAUGCUUUAUUCACCUGAAUUAAACUUUAUUUCUCUAAGUAAUAGGAGACUUGUCAAAGCCAGCAAGUAAUAUUGUAGAUUUUUAAAGUGUAGACGUUUAUAAUUCUGGCUCUACAUAAAUCAGGCAGUUUUUUGUUUAAGCUAGAACUUCUGUUUUCUUCUGUCUUCAUGGCAGAUACUGAUCCAGAUCCCUUUUCAAGUGCAGCACUACCUCUGGAAGUCUGCGUCCUCCAUCACCCCAAAAGUUAUUAAAAGCAGUUACAUGAUUUUUUUGUGAAGCCACUUAAAGGGAUAUUCCGCUGUAAAAUUAAGUUAGGGUCAAACACACCGUAACACCGAGUAAGACACCCUGUCGAGAGAUGAGUGUUGCCGACCGCUUGUUUGUAUGGAGAUGUCAGGCGAGUCCAUUACUGCAGCAGAGUUUCGCAGCUCAAGGAAGAACAUUUAUGAUGACUACUUAAUGGAAUUUCAAUCAGACCGAGACGCUAAGGCAGAAAAAACUACCACGUCUGCAGUGCAAAUUAUUAAUAUAAUGAUUAUUACUUCAAGGAAAUGAUAAAGUAAUGAUCAUAAAUGUUCUUCCUUGAGCUGCGAAACUCUGCUGUUGUAAUGGACUCGCCUGAGGUCUCCGUACAAACAAGCGGCUGCUGGGAGAGAGACAGUGAGUUGGGUUUAGUCUUUUUGCUAAAGAAAUCAGACAAAGCUAAAAAGAUGUUUGGUGGCUAGUGUUGUGGUUGGGACCCUAUAUGUACUGUUGAUGAAGUUAGAUGCUGUUUUGAGCAUUAUUUGUGGCUGCAGAGUGGCUUUUUGGUUGAGUGUGUGGCUCCUGGGACUGCUGUAUAUUGCUAUUGUGCGGUGAAUGUUGCAAGCGGUCGGCAACAUUCAUCCCUCGUUGGGGUGUCUAACUCGAUGUUACGGUGUUUUUGACCCUUUAACUUUGUUGUGGUGUCUCUGCCAAACUGCACACUGAGUUUUGUCAGUUAACUUAACAAAAUGCUGCCAACAGGUUUUUUUUUCUGGCACCAGCACCCUUUCAUUCUUACUUUUAAGAAAUUUGUAAUGCUUCACAGUGAUCGUUCUUGAGAUGCACAGCGAAAUUGAUACUGGUAGAGAACUUUUUGUUUUCCUCCUUUCAUCACCUACGUUUAAAAGUAAUGCAAAUAGUCAUUUUUGUCUUUUGCAACACUUUGAAAUACUUCCAUACAGCUGAAAGUUGAGUGUCUUGUUAGCGUGCAUAAACUGUCUUUGCUGAGCAGAAUUCGUCACCUUAUCGGCUGUACACAUCAAUAUUGGCAGAAUUUUUCAUAUACUAAAUAAUAUAUAUAUAUAUUUAAAUGUGUCUCCCCAGCCUGUCAAACAUCCUCUUUUGCAGAUGUGUUUGUUUCUGAUCUUUUAAAUAUUUACACUGUGCCCAUGUUUGUACUUCAAUAAUGUAACACUUUUAAGUGUUUACUUUCCUGUUUGUAACCGUAGCCUCGACCUCGACCUAACUUUAGUUGCACUUAACAAACAGAGAAGGGAUGUACACUCUGAACUAUGUGGGAACUAAAACCCUGCUAGACGCACAUAAUGUUAACUCAGGUGGAUUUAGGUGAGGCAGAGACUUUCCAUGGUUUGUCAUGCUUCUCAUUGACGGCAAUAAUAUAAAUGGGAUUAUUAGGUGUAAGACUUGACUGCAUUCUGAUCAGUGCUAGUUCACACCAUUAAUUAUGAAUUAAUUCACGUUUGUAAUGUUUUAGCAAAAAUCAGCAUCUAUAAAUACUCCACACUGAAGUGCAGGGACCUCCCAGAGCGUCAUUGCUUUGAAAUAAAUGAAAUAAACUUUAUUCAGAUGUGAUGCUGAGAGAGUUGUCGUGUUAAUUAUUUGUUGUUUUCUGUUAACACGUGUUUUAAUUGUGCCUCCAACCUCAAUCCCUCUCUCAUUUGUGUUUCCUCUCCCCAGGGCUUCGACCCCCCUCAUCAGAGCGACACCAGGACGGUUUAUGUAGCAAAUCGUUUCCCCGAGCAUGGCCACUACAUACCACAACGCUUCGCUGACAACAGAAUCAUCUCCUCGAAGGUAUGAAGUAGAAUUUAAGCCAGAGCUGGAAUCUUUCAUGAUUCUCUGAUUAAUUCAGCUUCUUAUUUUGCUGUGUUUGAUAAAUAUGUUUUGUCCUUGUUAGCGAGAUAUAAGGAGCUGCAGUCAAUUCUAUAAUCUCAAGUGUCGUGAAUUUAAAAAAAGAGCAUGUUGGGACUUUGCCCAGAAGCACAAAACACUCCAGCAGAGGCACUUGACAUGCAACUUGACAUUGAGCACAAGUCUGAGCCGUGAUGGCAACCACGGCAGAGGGGAAAGUGUCAUCUGAAAGAAAAUCUGAUCUCUGGCACAAGCUUGACCAGCAGUAAAAAUUUCAUGAUGAGCUGCGGUACGAUCAUCUCAGACAACAACUUCAGUCUUGAUGAAGAUUAGUCAGUCAUUAGCUAGAUUGAGUGGUGAAGCUGGGCAGUAUGGGAGUUAAUCACGUCCUCAUGGGAGGGAUUUACAACUUCCUCACUGAGAGACAACAGUUUGUUAACACCCAUGGAUUGCUGUCAGGAGUUAUCAGCACCCACUCUGGGGUGUCUCCAGUUUGCCUUCCCUCACUGUUGUUGUUUACACUGUGUACUAAUGACUGUGUUAGCCACCAGGUUAACUGCUCAGUGAUUACAUUUGUAGAUGAUGUGGCACUGUUCUGUGAGAGCUGAGAUAAACCGCUUCUACAACGCAACUCAUUGAUUUUAAACAUGCAUAGAAAACUGAUCAAUAAGCAAUGGCAUAGCUAUUAGAUGUAUAAGUAUCUGGGCACAGAUUGACAUCUUGACAGCAUUUCUACUAGGGGUGGGAGAAAAAACCGAUGCAGCAUAGUAUUGCGAUAUUUUGUCUGGUGAUAUAUCGUAUCGUCACAUUUGCCAAGUAUCGAUUUUUUCAAAUCGGCAUAAGUUGCACUUCUGCAGUCAAAUAAAAUGGUAUUUGUUGUUUGAAACAAAGUUUUGACUCAGUUUGUCCUUGGAUCAGUAUCCACAUUUAUAGCACCUUGUGUUUUUGACUGAUUAACAAUGUCAAAUAGCACAAUAUAUUAUUACUUUGUUGUGAUAUGUCUUGUAUCACGAGUUCCUUGCAAAUAUACAACUGUAUUGUAUUGUAUCGUAUCAUAUCAUAUCGUAUCGAAUCGUGACACAGGUAUUGUGAUACGUAUGUACCGUAUUGUAUCGAAGCUUUGUUAUUUUAAUUUUGGGCACCAUGUUAAAGUUAUUUAACGACAGCUUCAUUGAGAGUGUGCUAACCUUCUGGAUCCAGUUUUUGGGGUGAGCAUUGUCUGUAUAAAACAGGAAUACGCUCGUUAAAGUUGUUAAAAUAGAUAGAAAGAUAACUGGGACACAAAAGUGCGGUAUCUCUUUACAUGAUGUUCUUGGUAUUGCUCAUAAGUUACCAUGCAAUUAUCCAACAAUAUACCUUUUAAUUAAUUCUAUGGCUGUUGAUGUCUUGGUCAUAUACACUCACCGGCCACUUUAUUAGGUACACCAUGCUAGUAACGGGUUGGACCCCCUUUUGCCUUCAGAACUGCCUCAAUUCUUCGUGGCAUAGAUUCAACAAGGUGCUGGAAGCAUUCCUCAGAGAGCUUGGUCCAUAUUGACAUGAUGGCAUCACACAGUUGCCGCAGAUUUGUCGGCUGCACAUCCAUGAUGCGAAUCUCCCGUUCCACCACAUCCCAAAGAUGCUCUAUUGGAUUGAGAUCUGGUGACUGUGGAGGCCAUUUGAGUACAGUGAACUCAUUGUCAUGUUCAAGAAACCAGUCUGAGAUGAUUCCAGCUUUAUGACAUGGCGCAUUAUCCUGCUGAAAGUAGCCAUCAGAAGUUCGGUACAUUGUGGUCAUAAAGGGAUGGACAUGGUCAGCAACAAUACUCAGGUAGGCUGUGGCGUUGCAACGAUGCUCAAUUGGUACCAAGGGGCCCAAAGAGUGCCAAGAAAAUAUUCCCCACACCAUGACACCACCACCACCAGCCUGAACCGUUGAUACAAGGCAGGAUGGAUCCAUGCUUUCAUGUUGUUGACGCCAAAUUCUGACCCUACCAUCCGAAUGUCGCAGCAGAAAUCGAGACUCAUCAGACCAGGCAACGUUUUUCCAAUCUUCUAUUGUCCAAUUUCGAUGAGCUUGUGCAAAUUGUAGCCUCAGUUUCCUGUUCUUAGCUGAAAGGAGUGGCACCCGGCGUGGUCUUCUGCUGCUGUAGCCCAUCUGCCUCAAAGUUCGACGUACUGUGCGUUCAGAGAUGCUCUUCUGCCUACCUUGGUUGUAACGGGUGGUUAUUUGAGUCACUGUUGCCUUUCUAUCAGCUCGAACCAGUCUGGCCAUUCUCCUCUGAUCUCUGGCAUCAACAAGGCAUUUCCGCCCACAGAACUGCCGCUCACUGGAUAUUUUUUCUUUUUCGGACCAUUCUCUGUAAACCCUAGAGAUGGUUGUGCGUGAAAAUCCCAGUAGAUCAGCAGUUUCUGAAAUACUCAGACCAGCCCUUCUGGCACCAACAACCAUGCCACGUUCAAAGUCACUCAAAUCACCUUUCUUCCCCAUACUGAUGCUCGGUUUGAACUGCAGGAGAUUGUCUUGACCAUGUCUACAUGCCUAAAUGCACUAAGUUGCCGCCAUGUGAUUGGCUGAUUAGAAAUUAAGUGUUAACGAGCAGUUGGACAGGUGUACCUAAUAAAGUGGCCGGUGAGUGUAUUUGUUUUAUGCAAACAAAAAGAGUUUUAUUUAUUCAUAAAACUUAACAUUUCCAUUUAUUCAUUCUAAAGGACAAUAAUCCUCAAAGGCUGCUUUCUGACACAAGACUAAGGUCUGCCAUUGAUUGGCCAGUGAUUACAUGAUUGACAAAGCUUAAGUCACUCGGUGGGUUAGAAUUAAAUUGAUUUUAGGACAGGCUUUGUAGGAGACAGCAACAGUUCAGGUAAAGUUAAGAUUAUCUUUUAAGCAGGUUUGUGUAGCUCCAUCAAAACACGACUGUUAGUAAACUGAGGAAACAAAGAGAAAAGAUUUUCGUCUGCUGCAGCUUUUAUUAGCCUGUUUUUACCCGCCCUUUAUACUUACAUGGUUUUAUUGGGUUUGAAUUCACUUUCAUUAAAUAUUUUGAUAUGAUUCACUGAAACCAGCAGAGUCCUUUCUCCAGUUUUUAUUGUGCGUUCAUGUUUUGUUGUUUUUCUUCUCUUUCAGUACACAAUUUGGAAUUUCGUCCCCAAAAAUCUGUUCGAGCAGUUCAGAAGAAUAGCCAACUUCUAUUUCCUCAUCAUCUUCCUCGUACAGGUAAACACACACACACACACGGAUGCAGACACACAGCUCUUUCUUUUUCGGUCCAUGUUUUCUCUAGUCUGCUGGUGACAAGUUCAGUGUGACCUCAGUUCUCCUGCCCUCAAAACAAAUGCAUGUGUGUUUGCCAUGAGUGAGUCAUCGACUCUCAGAGAGAGGGACAGGUCUGCCUGUGCAUUAAAACAUUACACCCACGCGGUAAAUAAUAUGUGCGUCGUAACAGCCAGCCUUAGGUGUAAGGCCGUCAUUGUGCAUCAGUCAACCGGCGCUGAAGACGGAUUUUGCUUUCAGAUUUUCAGUCUUAUCCUGAUUUAUUUGGGUCUGUGUAGUGAAGCCAGAGCAAUCGACUUGACUCGGUGUAAAAAGGCUUUAUUUUCACCCACUCAUCUUGUCAGUGCUGCUGAAGUAAGCUUAGUCUCAAAUCACUGAGAGGAAGACCUCUCCUGAGCUUGACAUUGUGAACAUGACAUUUUCUUGGAUGGCCAAUUUAACCAUUUUUAGAUGGCAUGAGACGAUACCUUGAGUGUAACCUAGAGUGUAAACAAUGUCUCAGAAAGAAUAAAAAUGUAGCUGUUGUGUUGCUCUCAAAGAUCUGUGCACCCAUUUACAAUAACAGUGUUUUUUACAUUGCUCAAAUUGAAUAAAGCUGUACUAACCUGGACAAUACUUAUUAUUUCGCAGUGACAGUAAACACAACACAACGGCCUGUUGAUAACUGUGCCACAUUUAGGCUUUUACAAGAGGGUUAGGGCUGACUAAGGGUGUCAGUGACCACUAUAGAGAGCCAUCCAGAAAUGUACUGACACUCCCCUAUAGAAACACUCACUGGAGAGUCUCUAAAUGCGGCUCAGCUUUCUCAGCUGCAGCGCUGGUACCUUCACAGCGACUCUCCCAAAAGAGCUAUAAAUGUGCUAAAAGUGACUGUCAGAGCUCUGCCUGACUCCCUGUCUUUUAUUGGAGAAGCGGAGAGCCUGACAGUGGCCUCUUAUGGCUGAUUAGCUCUGACUACCAGCGUAACACUAUAUGGGUGGCAUGAAUUUAAUUGGAACGAAUUGCACGUUCACACUUGACUUUUUGAAAUUCUGACAGCCCUAAGCCACAAGGCCAAGUCUCCUCUGACCAUCGCUUGCUCAGUCCUCAGAUGCAUUUUCUAAUUUGCUGAGAGGGAGGUUUAAUGUUUUGUCUUUCCAAGAGAUGCACCACAACUUUUGAUUCUUAAAUAGACCCCAGAGCCUGUGUGAAAAAGUUAAUUUCCUGUAUAUCAUCAUGUCUGUUGAAAGUCAACCACAAAGAAGCAGGUGCAGUUUUUAAAAAAAUGAGUCAACACUCCUCACAGCACAAUAUAAAUUUGUAUUUCUGCUUGAUUUGUAGGGGACCGUGUAUUGAAAAACAGCUCUGAAAACAUGCUGCAAUCUGCAGUUUCCGGGCAAUAAAUAAAAGCACUGCUUUUAACAGAAAGAGCAAUAACAAAUGCACUCGGUGAUGCAGUGAAAAUAACCGGAACAAACAGAGUAUGCACAUGAUAGGGACAGAAACUAGAUACACGAGAUAAAGAGCAUGACAAAACUUCUGACACCUGUGGAGUAACAGUCAAUGACAAGUUAAAAUGUAAUCAAGGAAGUAUGAGAGAAAUUUAGGAAGGUACGCAGUUGCACUUCUGUGUGCUGUGCUUCCCUUAAAUGUCACAAACUUGUAUGUGGUGUGUUUUUUUUUCUAGGGCGUCCUGGUGUCAAAGCGGCUAAAUAACCACAUGCUGAAUACCACAACGCCUCUUUUUUGAAUGCUUAUCUCUCGCUGCUCUUUUUCUGACUCUCCGAUCUACUUACUGCAAAAAAGCUGCAAAAGACAACGAUGAGUGAAUGAUCCGAGGUUAUGAAGAAGUUUAAGUGUAGAUUUUUUUAAAAAGUGUUUCGUGGAAAGAGUUUAGUUUUAGUUUUUGAUACGAGUUCAAAGUCAAACAUGCUCAAAACUUUUACUAAAUGUUGUAUUUCACUGAUUUUGAUCUUCUCCAACAUAACUGUACAUGUUGCUUUUAAAACUUGUCACUAACCCUGUGUUACCACAUAAAUGAAUGUAUGUGUGCACAGUCCUGAAGUGACGGUUUCCUGUUUGAUGCAUCAGUCACUUCUUCUCUGCGUUUUUCUUUCUCUCUAAUAAGACACACCCAGACUCGCUCAGCCUCUCUUGCUUCUUUUUUUUUUUUUUUUAAACACAACCUGAGUUCAUUUUUUCAACCUUGCCCCUGUGUAUUUGUCUCUCCAGUUAAUGAUAGACACCCCGACUUCCCCUGUCACCAGCGGUCUGCCUCUCUUCUUUGUGAUCACGGUAACUGCCAUAAAACAGGUGAGAACACAAACGCACAAUGGCUUCCUCUUUAUUGGGCUGAGGAACUAAAAAUGGAGAACUGAUGCAGUAUCAUUAAACCUUGUUUAAAUGUAGACAGAAACUUGUGAUAUCCAACCCAUGAUAUGAUUUUAACUGAAUCAAUCACAAUACAUGAAGCUGUCUGUAGCUGUUUUUGAUUCAGAGGACUCCUUUCUCUAACCAGUAAUGAUCCUAACAGGAACAUAACAGAAGUGUGUGUGGAAUAGAUAUGAGAUAUUACAUUGAUCGAUAACUAAUCCUGCCCUGCUGAUCAAUACAGCUUAUCCCACUGUGAAUCUAGCAGCUGUCCAUCGCUGUAUAUAAUCUGCUGCUGAAUUAAUUCCUUUAAAGGGCUACGAAGAUUGGCUGAGACACAAGGCAGACAACGAGGUGAACGGAGCUCCAGUGUUUGUGGUUCGCAGUGGAAGUCUGGUCCAAACAAGAUCCAAGAACAUCAGGGUAAUAAUAUGGCAAAAACCACUAAACUCCAAGUGUUGUAUUCUUCAAAAAAACUGCUUCUGCCUGUAGGAACAUCCACAUGUAUGAAGUUUAAAAAACCUAAAAAAAGCCCUUCACACCUCAGAGCCAGCAGCCAUAGCUAACUUUAGCGUGGAUGCCAAAUUCCUGGUGCUUGUGGCUUUUCUGUCGAGCAGCGCUGCACAGACAGACAAUAUAAGGUGGUGUUUGUGGGUAAAAAGAGAGCUGCUCUGUGUGUCAGUAUUGAGGGAAACUGGGGCAUUGGUUUUCAACACAGAUUGGACAGGAAUGCUCCGUGAAUGAUGCAUUUGUAACACAAGUCUCCACAAACACAGAGCUUGUUUUAUUCCUGUAUUAUCAGUUGGAGUUGUUUGUCUUUACUGGCUGUCUUUUUCCUGGUUGUCACAGAUGUGUAAUGUGGAUUAAUGUGAAGUUAUUUGCAUAUUUUCAGCCGGUAGUUGCUAGGAGUAAAUCUCUCUCUAUCUUGCAUUUCCUGUCUCCACUGAGGUGUCUUGGAGGCCUGGAUAUUCCUGUUACGCAGAGUUUUGUAGCGCAUACAGUACAUAUCCUCUGAGGUCAGACACUGUGUCACUAGUUUGUCUGGAGUCAGUGCAACACAACCUAAAUGAUAUGUUUCUUUUUAAGCCUACUAUAAAGUCAGUGUGUUUAAAUACACCAACAGUUUUAGGCUUCUCUUUUCUUACUUUUAAACGUUUUUAAGAGUUUACAGGUAAUCAUGAUGCGAUCUUUGUAUCUACACCUCAUCCAACACCAACAUAAGAGAUAAACAUAUUUCUUUUGUAAUUAUCAGGCCAGACAAAUCUUGUUCAAACCUCAUUAAUAGCCAUAAAUAAAUAAAAAUGAAAAUGAACAACAUUGGUUUAAAGUUGAUGAAAACAUCCUCUUCAGAAAUACCUCAGUGAUAGAUUGCUGGGAUAAAACAGAGACAGUGUUUAAACCUCUGCGUGUGCACGUGUGUGUCCAGGUUGGGGACAUUGUUCGUGUGGCUAAAGAUGAGACGUUCCCCGCUGACCUGGUGCUGCUGUCGUCUGAUCGUGCAGAAGGCACCUGUCACAUCACUACAGCCAGCCUUGAUGGAGAAACCAACCUUAAGGUCAGUGUGUGUGUGUGAAUGUGUGGAGUUGUGAGUCUGUGUGGUGUACUGUCGACCAGUAACAGCUCAAACAAGCGUGUAAUUGAGUAAACAGGACAGCUACUUAUCCCCAAUUUGUGCAAACCAAUGGCUCCAUCUUAAAAGUGCCAUGUUUGGUGUGAACAAACAAAAUUUACAUCUACAAACUUGAACAUGUCGUCAAGAAGUUUGCAUUCAGUGUUCAUUAUCAAACACAUCGUUGGUCCCUGAGGCUUGACAGCCGUGUCGGAUGCAUUUACUUGAAUAAAUUCCCCUUUACUAGCUUCUGUACUGCCCUUUAUUCCCUUGCUUCCAGUUACUGUAAACUUGUUUACAAAUGGUGUGCAGCAAUGACAGAAUGUGAAUCAUGUUGCUGAAAAAUGACAUGUGUGGACCAUGAGUGUGCACUGUUCAAACAAAGUAAGGACACACUCAUGACAAAUAAAUAUAUUGUAGUCUUAAAUGCUGCGGUAAAACAGACUAAAAUUAAUACUGAUGACGUUAUGUAAGUUAUUAAAGAAAAUGUACAAAAGAGGAUUAGGACCACAUGAAGAGAAAAAAAUAAUCACAGGAAGGAGAUUAAAGUCGAAAUUUUGAGAUCAAAGUCAACAUGAAUAAAGACAAAAUUUUGUGAAUUAAGUCGAAAUUACGAGAUUCAAGUCAACGCAAAUAAAGACGAAAUUUCGUGAAUAAAGUCGUAAUAAUGAGAUUAAUGGUAUUAAAUCAACAGCAUUGUUGCUCUUCACUUUAGCACACAAACACAGUAAGUAUUUGGACUCUGAAAAGGCCAUGAGGCUUCAUAGCCUAUGAAGAGGCUAUGUUGUAUCGCAAGAUACAGUAAGACAACUGGUCAAGUUGAUAGAUCAUAAAGGCAUGAAUCACAGACGAGACCCGCAUCUGAGACCCAGGCAUUUCCGAAGCCGAGGACCCAAUGCGCUCUGGCACAUGGUUGGCUACGACAAACUUAAGCCAUACAGCAUUUCAUUCAGACUUUUAUAAAUUUUGACUUUAAUCUCGAAAUGGAAAUGAAAGAAAUCUCCCACCUGCACUUAUUUUUUUCUCUUUUUGUGGCCCUAAUCCUCUUUUGUACCAAAAGACCAUCAGCACUGAUAUAUCAUCAUUUUUAGUGUCAGAGCUGCCUUAUUUUACAAGCCUUAAAUAUUGAUAUUUAGAAAAUAUGAGUGAAUAAAACCUAAGUAAAUAGUUUACACAACUGUAUCAAUACACAGAAAAGAGGUAGUGGUUGAAAUUCUUCCGUUUUUUAAGCCUGGCUGUGUGAGGUAUUUGUCAUUAUUAAGUGUGUUAGGCACAGUAGCCUGUCAGCUCAGCCCCCUUUUGGUGAGAAACUGGCUUAAAGUGCUGCAGCAAAAGUUUGGCUUUGAACUGCUACAGCUGUGGACAUCUCUUCCAAACAGCCAAUUUCAACAAACUCCAGCUGAAACACAAUUCUUGGUUUAGGUAUGAACGUUUUCUGAAAGCCUGUUCGUUAGUCCCUAAUCAUGGAUUCAACACACUCUCUUCCUCUGCCUGGAUCUGCAAAUGAGUCUGUGAUGUACGAGUCAUUGAUGGAUGGGAACUUUGAUAUUUUUGCAUCUUAGUUUAAUAUUAUUUCAAGCACCACUUUUUCAAGAUUGUCCAGCGGACACAUAUGUCUGUAGAGUUUGUUAUUUAAGGUCAGUCUUUGCCUUUAGCGGCUAAGACAGCGUAUUUACAUAUGAAGUGUGCCAUGAGUUGUGUCACAGAGGAAAAAAAUGGUAUUAGCGACUGGGAAGCACUUGCUCUUCAUUAAACAUUUACCUUUUUUAAAGAUGAACAGAUUAAAUCCAUCCUACAAUGUUAAGGCAAAAGUACCCCCCUCCCCCCAGCAGAGCAGUAGCGACUGACCAAACCAGUUGUUUUAAAAAUAGAAAGCUUUUAUUGUGUGUCUGUUGGUUCAGGAGUUUGCGCUGUCUUUUAUACGAGAUCUCUCCCUCACAUUUGAAACUGUAUCCAAGUGUCCAGCGUGUAAAAUGCUUCACUUUCAUCAUAGAUAUUUUUGUGUUGUGUGUGUUUGUGUUUGUAGACUCACUACUCUGUGGCAGAGACAUCAGUGUGUCAGUCAGUGUCCCAGCUGGAGGCUCUGCAGGCGGUGGUGGAGUGUCAACAACCUGAAGCUGACCUGUACAGGUAAUCUCCCCCCUUGUUUGGUUUGUAGUCACAAGGUUCGAGCACCAAACUCACGUUAAGAAAAGUUAACAAUACUUGAUACCCAAGAUGAGAAACCUACAAUAUGUGAGGUGAAUUCAAAAACAGCGCUGCUAGAAGUAGACGGAAGAGGUUGUUUUUUCCCCCACUUUAAAAAGCAUUGUGAUAAAUCCAUGGUCAAAAUACCCGGCCAGAUAUGUGCUAUUAAAUGGAUGAUGGGGUGAGAUGGCUUCGUCACCUCUUCAACAACCCCUCUCCCUCUUGUCUGUCACAGCUGGCGACUUCAGAAUCGAUCAGAGUAUUUUUAGAUCAGGCAGUUUGUUUCGGUGGCAGUUUUCUCCCUUCCCCUCCCCCGUCUCUUCAACUCUCUCUUUCUCUUGACACUCGCCGAGUUGAAAUUCUCUUAACCAACCGAGCUGUUUUUAGCUCUCUGCUGUAAUCUGAUUCCUUCAUUGUUUUUAUUAACCUGUAACAUAACUCCCAUAGUUAAGACAAGAUAUGGUGAAAAAAUUCUCCUUCAGGAAUUUGAUUGUUUACACUCAAAUAGUUUCAUUUGCUUGACUUUUUUGUCAUAACUCAGUCACAUUUUCUCAGCUGAGAAAAACUGUCUUACAGAUAUAAGAUAAAUGGUCAUUAAUCUAUGAAAAUAAAAAUAUAUCCCUGGAUGAAGAGUAUUUUUAUUCACUUUUUCUACAUUGACCAGAUUACUGAUGUUUCCUUUCUCAGACUUUUAGCCUCGUUUCCUGUUUGCAUGUAAACAAAUGUGUCGUCUCUACUAUACCACUCAGCUAAAAUGCCCUUGGUGUUUUCCAGGUUCGUUGGUCGAAUCACAGUGACUCAACAUGGAGAGGAGAUCGUCAGGUAAGAUCAGUUUUAUCCCGCUCUUAUGACUAAUUAUUAAACUAAUGAGUAUACUGUCCGAUGAAAAAUAUGUAUCUCCACUUUUUUUUAAUACAUGUAUGGUCCAUAGUCUUCCCUAACAACCUGUAGCUUUUGGUAUCCAAAUGACCGGUGGAAAGACAUUUUAUAACAUCAUCUGUUAAACACGAAUCUCCAUUGGGUGUUGGAAGUGUCAACAAAGCACGUAUCUCCCGCCCUGGCCCUGCAUUGUCAUGUCAGCAAACAGACUUUACACUGUGACAGACUCGUUACAGUCCAGGGUAACGCUACACUAAUGUCCUCACAUCGACUAAAGCCGACCUAAAACUUGGUUCUAACCAUGACAGUGUUGCUUACCUGAACUUCAUCCCCAGAGGCGAAGCUGCAGCUGUUUUCUCUCCUACACUCGGUCGCGGACACUAGUAAAUGUUCAAUCGGGAGUCAAGACUCAAAAAGGCUGACAACCAAUGUGCUAGGUGGAAAUGUAGGAUAGCUGCUAUCAAUAAUUAAAUAGUCAAUCGUUUAUCAACGUAGUGGGACAUAAACAGGAUACUCAAAGUUAGAAAAUAACCGAACGUCAUUGGAGUGCAUCAUAGAAAAAAACACUUAUGUCCACUAUCACUCACAACGCAAAGCAUGUAUGUCUGUUGAAAAUAUUUAACAGGUCACUGAUGACUGUAAAUAUAAAUUUUGAUUUUGGGUCCUAAUUGUGCCCUAAUACAGUGUUUGGGGUUUAUUCUGUUAGGUAGUUUAUGAAUAAAGUUGUUUUUUAAUGUUCCUAAAAAAAAACACAUUUUGGAGACACGUGUUUUUUAUUGGACAACAAAGAUAUGUUUCAGACAAAAUGCUGAAUAGACCUCACCAAUCAAUAAGCACUUGAGUUGAGGGUUGGUAUCUAGGUUAUGCCUGCAGGAAUUAAAAAGGAAGCAUCUCUAGGUGUCUCGUUUUUAAAGCAUCGUCAAGGUUACAAAGCAGGAGAAAAAUCCAGCAGCUAAAUGAAUAUGAUGUUUCAGUCCCACUGUGUCUCAUGCAGUAAAGCCACAUUCAGCUUCCUUUGAAUUCAUGAUGCCUCUGUUUGCUCUCUUGUCAGACCUCUGGGUCCCGAGAAUCUGCUGCUGCGAGGAGCCAGGUUGAAAAAUACCAAAGAGAUUUUUGGUGAGUCAAUACACUCAUAGUUCGGAGAGAGAAGUUCUUAAAACAGCGAGGAAGCUGCCGUGAGGGUAAACGAUGUCUUCCUGUCAAGUCUGAAGAUGGAUUUAGCCACGGGACAAAAUAUAGCUGCUGAAGAAAAGCUUUUAUAAAGGUUGAGAGAGAGAGGAAACACAGUCACGGAGCAGCUGUGACACUAAUAAGCCAAAGUCAGAUGACAAUUACGGAGAGCAUGGACUGCUCAUUACCAGGCCAGAGAUCUGAUUAUGUAAACUCCAAACUGUUUCUGUAGGCUGAAUCUUUACAGGGCCAAGUCCAGAUGUUUCACUGUUAUGUCUGUGUGUGCAGCUGGACCAGAGCCAAUGAUCUACCAUAAACAAACUUCAUAAUUGUGCUCUUUUUUUUUUUUUUACUGUCAUGAAUUCAGACACAAGUUCAUCUGAUUUCUGACAUGCCUGCUGUUAUACUUGCUGCUGCUUUAGGUGUGGCGGUUUACACGGGGAUGGAGUCUAAAAUGGCCCUAAACUACAAGUGCAAGUCCCAGAAACGCUCCGCAGUAGAGAAGUAAGCGUGUUAAUCCAGAGUAAACCAAAUAUUGAAGUCUAUGACUAUGCUCAGCGUCACAACAUUCCACUCUUCUAGGUCCAUGAACACCUUCCUGAUCAUUUAUCUGGGCAUCUUACUGUCCGAGGCCGUCCUCAGCACCAUCCUGAAGUACGCCUGGCAGGCUGAAGAGAAAUGGGACGAACCUUUCUACAAUCAGAAGACUGAACAGGAACGAAACAGCAGUCCGGUUAGUCAGCCUCACAUACAUAAAGCAUCGAAAGAAUGUCUUUUCAUUGAUUUGUUUGUCUAAGUGAGAGAUAUGAGCCCCAGAGAUGAGAUUAGGUGAGAUAGAAGUCGACAUUCCACUUCUGUCUGUCUCUUUUUAUCCGUGCUCGACCUGCUCUGUCUCCACUUUCAUCUCCUUGUAAAUAAUAAUUGACAUUUUCCCACCACUGCAGAUAGAAAUUAUUAGAGUGAGUUUGUGAAGUUAUAAACAAGAAUCCGCACACUCACUCACACACACUCAGGGUCCUAGGGAGGGUGAAGGUAGGGUGGUUUAAGUGUCUCUAGAUUUUGUGAUAAGGCAUUAGAGAGGAAAGGCCAGUCUGCCAGCCUAUCAGCCUACCUGCCAACACUAAUCCGUCAGAGAAAAGCCCUGCUGGGGAGGAGGCAGAGUUUUACACUCACUUCCCUUCUCCCUGGAGACUGAGAGAAGAACAGCAGCAUCAAAUUAAUGACUUUGUUUAUGUAUUUAGUAUCAGAGGUGAUCCAGAAAGCUGCAGGCAGCGUUACAGUAGAAACCCUGACAUCCUUAGUUCAGACGCCAACUUCAAACAGCGUUUCCAACUACAAAGUGCAGAAAUAUUUGCUGUUUUUUUCUGCCUGCUCACACAUCAGAAACCAGCUGAAUUUAAUAGUGUAUUUAUUUCCUCCUUGUUUGUUUAGAUAGUUAUUCAGAGCUUAAUUCCACUCCUGAUGUAAACAGCUUUUUUUUGUACACCUCUUGAUACUAGUCUUUCAGUCUAGGGUCCUCCUCACUCUCCUUUCCUGUCACAUACAGUAAUUAAAUCCUUAAUGGGAAUGAAUUGCCCUGUCUGCUUUGAUUUAGGAGGAUCAGUUUUGAAGUACCAUCACUCUCUGUGAGGCGUAGAUGUUCUAUUUUUGCAAUCCUAAUAUUUUCUUUCAUUUUCUUAGAGUUAAUUGCUUCCAGUUUGAGUGCAAAAUGGAGAGUGAUGAAAUCCUCAAACAGAGCGGAAGGAUCUUGUGCAGGCCUUAAAGAAAAUUUUCAGAAAUCAUCGACUUUAUUUUAUAAUUUGUUCAGUUGAAUUAAAUACGUGACAAUGUUUUUAAUUUGCAUUUUUGUAAAGCUUUUAUUUCAACGUUAUUAUUUUUCCCAUUUUAGGCACCCAUUAGUCCCCUGCUGGGUUGUUUUGUUAGCUUUAUUGUCAUUCUUUCCCUCUUCAUCUCUCUGUUUUGCCACAAUAACACCUAAAAUAAUCCACCCUUGUGUGAGGUUAAUAUUUAAACCCUCCUCCUCUUCCUCCUCUUCUGUCUUAGUUUAAUAAAAUUAAUAUUUUUUCCCUCCGUAGAUCCUGAAGUUCAUCUCAGACUUCCUGGCAUUCCUGGUCCUAUAUAACUUCAUCAUCCCCAUCUCGCUCUACGUUACUGUGGAGAUGCAGAAGUUCCUGGGCUCCUUUUUCAUUGGCUGGGAUUUGGACCUCUACCACGAGGAGAGUGACCAGAAAGCUCAAGUCAACACCUCUGACCUCAAUGAGGAGCUGGGACAGGUACGGUGCAUGAGUGCAGUCGAACUACAUGUAACAGAGGGUUAAAAUAGCACACAUACAAUAAAAGCAAACACAUCUUUGUGUAAUAUUAAGUACAAAACAAUGUUUCUGUAAGUCAAAGGGAAAGUCAGAGAUGAUAUGUGCUGUAAAAUGUGAGUUAAUUCAAACAGACUUCUUUUCUCUGUUUUUAUGAUGAUUACAGCACAUGGUUGUCAUAUAAAUGUUAUUCUAGUGGGAUAAAGCGAAGCUUAAACUCUGCGUGUUUCUGUUUUUGCAGGUGGAAUAUGUGUUUACGGAUAAAACAGGUACGCUCACAGAGAACGAGAUGCAGUUCCGCGAGUGUUCAAUAAACGGAACCAAGUACAGGGAAGUCAACGGCAAACUGGUACCAGAAGGAAUGACUGACGAUUCACCAGACGGUUCAACGCCUCAGCUGGUAACUCUUUAACAGACACGUACUGUACUGAUGCAGUUGUUUCAUCGCAGCCAUAAAACUAGCAACCAGAACAUCAGAGCAAAUUAACCUCAUGUGUGAGAGACAGCUCUGGCCUCAGGUCAUCUUUGUAAUUAACAUUAGAUAAUUGGAUUAAUACAUUCAUGCAACAAAGAAACUGUCUAAAGGCCAAAGCUGAGAAUUAAAUGCAUAUUAUUUAUACAGUGCAAGUGUAAUAAUCAGUGUCUCUCCUCUUCUUGCCCUUCCUUGCGGUCUCUCCAUCCAGAUGGGCGAGGAAUUGUUGUUUCUGAAAGCGGUGUCAUUGUGCCACACGGUUCAGAUCAGCUACGACCAGCCGGACUGUCUGGUUGGGGGAGGAGACCCGUUCUCCCAAGUAAACGGUUUUUCUUCCACCCACAUGGAGUACUACGCCUCUUCUCCGGAUGAGAAAGCUUUAGUCGAGGCAACAAAGAGGUAAAGUUACACCAAGAAUACUUUAAGCGACUUUUGUCUACAUCUGGAAAGAGUUUCACGUUAUUACUUGUUGAAAACUUACUUGCUCACCCUUCCUAAGGUGAAGGGUCCUGGAGUGUUAUAUUCAGCUCUGCUCUGUCAGCGAACUCACACCACUAUAUAUGCAGACACAUUUGAUAAUUAGAUUGCAUUUGCCUCUCUCUUCAGCAGACAGAGUCACUGUUAUUACUUUGACUUGAGGCAGGAUCAGCCACAUACCUGUGCCUUGAACAAAUGAAUUUCUUCCUAUCUGAAUAUUAGCCGUAAAUACAGUCAGUGGGUGUUGAUGAUGACACAAUGAGGUGUUAGAAAGAAGAGAAGUGUUACAGGAAUAACAUCCCUGCUCUCAGGUGUAUUGCGGUCUUGCACAGUACUUUCAGUAGAGCUCGCGGUUGCAUAAAACUUGUGUGAAUUACAGUUGUCAUUUCGCUGCCAAUGUGUGGGCCCCAAAAUGAUGCAAGAAAUAAAAAUAUAAUGGUAGAUGUUACGUAUGUGUGAUUGCCAGAGCAGCUGAAGACGGCUGUAAGAUUCAGUGGAAAGUUUUAGUUUGACGACUAAACCCAUUUUGUUUGAUGAAACAAAUCCUUGCUGUGAACUUAGUGUGAUUCUUUUUGCUUUGCCCUCUGUUCUCACAAUGUCAGUGGUUGUUGGAGAUUGAAAGCUUAUGCGGGUUAGACUGCCGGCCAAAGAGAAAGUGACACUUUUCUUACUCACUCGUUCAUUUUUUUGUCACAGAAAUACAGCCCAGGCAACAAUUUAAUGUCAGGGGAAUGGUAGAAAGCCCUUUAGUGACACUGUGUGGAAAAGGCUCUGAAAGAGGAAAGCACAUUAAUAAAAACUGACCUGCUUUCGACUUAAAAGGUUGACAAAGGGAAUCUGAAGAAGUUUGGAAACUCCUUACAAGACAACUAUUAUAACUCGACCAGUGAGGGGUGGAGUUGUUUCGUACCCAUCAAAAUUGUGCGACCGUGGUGUUUUACAAAACUUUCAAGAUUCACGAUGCGUGAAGCCAGCAAUCCUGGCCAGUGUAGUUUUCACACCAUCAAAUUAAAUUAUGUCGAGCAGUGAGGGGCUGACCCAGAGCCGCCAUGCUCUGUUGAGCCUCCAACAGUGUAUCUCUGUUGAUUUAAACUGAAGGGAAACACAGUUGGAAUCAUGACCUCAGUAAACGCUCGUGUAUGUAUCACUUAGCUGAUGGUCGAGCACCAAAAAAGAUGUACCUCAACGGAUACUGAACACCAACACCGUAAUAUAACCACAAACAGAGCCUGUCAUUUUUAAGACAAUUGUAUUUUUUAAUGAAAUCUGACACCAGUGAUCAUAAUACACAAAAGAUCUUGAUGCUUGAAUUUAUUCACAUUUCAAAGGCUGAGGAACAGCAUGGAUCUAUACAUGAUCAAGAAGACAGACAUAUAUCAGACAGACAGACAGACACUUUAUUAAUCCCCACAACGGAGAAAUUCAGAUGAAGAAAGACAAUAAAUAUUUAUAAAAACAGUCGAAGAGCCCACGACUAAAACCCCAACACAUUUAGUCAACAAUGUUCAUUAUAAAAACGAAUAACAGUGGGAAUGAAUGAUCUCCUAAAGCGCUCCGUCCUGCACCGUGAGGAGAGGAGACGCUCUGAUCUGUUGCUCCUCUGAGUGGACAGAGUCCCAUGCAAAGGGUGUCUGGUGUUGCUGAGGAUUAAAUAAAUGUUAAAUAAAACAAAACACUGAUUGAAAAGUACUUUAUGAAUAGGAGAAAAAGAGAAAAAAUCAAUUUUUAUAAGUAUCGCGAUUUCUUGUUUUACAAUUUUUAAAUCAAUUAUUAUGUUCAAAAUUGUUUUUUUUUCCAAAUUUAAGAUAAAUCUUAAAAACGGAGUUACAUGUGAUGUGUAUUUUUGGGCUAAUAUGGUUACUGGAAUAGUAACGACAAUCAUAAUCAUCCAACUGUUUCACUGGUGUUAAAAAUGCAGACUAAAAAUCGAGAAAAUCAACAAUAUCGAAAAAUUUCAAUUUAAAUCAAAUAGGCAUACAAAAAAUCUGAGAAGAAUCGAAUCGAGAGAAAAACAUAUCAUCCCAGCCCUAUUUAUGAAUAUGUGUAAUUAGAAUAUGUGUAUUCUAGCAGGCCAAGAAAAGAUGAGUUAGGUUGGAUGGAUGCACUCACUUGGUGUUGAGUCACUUAUCACCUUCUUCUGUCACCCCUUUUUUUUUAUUCUGUCACCUGCUUUUCCGAUCAAAGUCCCAUUUUUCCCUACAGCGUAACCAUGAGCCAUUAACUGUGGGCACUUCCCCUUCAUUAGGCUGAGGAAGAUUUAUAUACAAGUGAACCAGGGCUCUAUAUUCUUCUGCAAACUGGGCUCCAACUCCUGACCUUCAGAUUCACUCAGCCUACCUGUGAGGUAUUUUGGUGCCAAGUGCACAGGUGUGAGGAGAUGUGCAAGGGAAAUAAAUGAGGCAAUGCAAAGAGAGAUGUUGAUGAGCCGAGAAUAGAUCCUUCAGAACCUUGUAGUGCCCUUACUAUUCAGACUUCUGGAAGAAGUAAUUUCACAUUUUUUUGCGGGGUUGUCGUCAGGCUUCACUGCGGAUUUUCAAAGAUGCUUCACAUCCAUGAGGCCAGGAGUGUGUGACUCUCAGAGGGCAUGUUAAUUAAUCCACACAGUGUCAGAGCCCAGCCCUUUUACCUCAGCCUUUUUACACUUUGUCCUCCUUCUUGUAGAUGAACCAAAAUUACAGAUCUGCGAGAAAAAGCCCACAGUCCAUGCUUCAGAGACUUAGUACCUUAAGAUAGGACAUUAAUUGGGUCCUUUUUUUUUUUGUCUUUAAAGGUCUGUUUACUCUGAAUCUUCCAUGCUCCAGACUGUAUUUUAAAGGUCAAAAUAUGCAUCCUUGAAAGAUUCUUAGCUCUUACUGCUGCCUCUUUUUCCUCAGGAUUGGAGUGGCCUUCACUUGCAGCAAUGGAGAAACCAUGGAGAUAAAAACAUUUGGAAAGUCAGAGAAGUACGUCUUUGCCUCUCGCCCACACGUAUCUCCGAAAUGUCACCCAUGUCAUAAAAUCAUGUCAUCUAGACUGCAGGCGAAUAUGGUUGCAUAAGCUACCUGUGAGAAAAAUCUGACAUGUCUGUCCUCUGUGAAGUUGUAACACAAGUGUUUGUCUUUGUUGUUCUGUCUUAGAUAUAAACUUCUCCAUGUAUUAGAGUUUGACGCUAACCGCAGGAGGAUGAGCGUCAUACUGCAAACCCCCUCAGGUAACCCAAGAGAUGUUUUUAGUAUUUUUUUAGGGGUGUCCCUAUAAAUCUUUUUGACUUCCGAUAUGAUACCGAUAUUGUAGCCUUCAAUACACACUGUUGUUGUGAUUACGUGGGCUCAGCUUGCUGGAUCAGGGUGCUGCUAGAUAGAGGUGCCGGAGCGGAGCCUGGAAUGGACUGCUCGUAUCGGAGUGCUGAUAUCAGAGAUGUUAGAUGCAGGCCGAUAUAUUUCGAUAUUCAUUUUUUGCUGAUAUCAGACCGAUUUCCGAUAUCAGUAUCGUAUCGGGACACCCCUUGUAUUUUUUGAUUGUAUUUAACAGCCAGUUUUUCACACUCUCAGUUUAAAGAUGAACAUGAAAGACAUUUCUCUGAUCAUUUUCUUACUGAUUAAACUUUUGUCUGUUCUUACUCUUGGGCUUUUGACUUUUCAGGGGGGCAAGUACUAUUCACCAAGGGUGCAGAAUCAGCCAUCUUGCCUUUCACCACCAGUGGUGAGAUAGAAAAGACAAGACUACACGUUGAUGAAUUUGCCUUGGUAAGUACUUUGAAGUGUGCAUGAUACAAAGUAAUAAGCCGUAAUAUCUCCAUGAGACGUAUCAUAAACAUUUAGUGUACCAUCACAUAAACGUUCCCUUUGCUUCAAAUUCUCUCUGUGUGAAACUUCAAAACACUGGGCUCUGAAAUGCCUCUCGUUCGGUAUUAUUUACAGUUGCGUGUCUCUGUGCGCCUGGCAGUUUCCAGUGUUGUGGUGAUUACUUUUGGCUCUUUCGUUCUCUGUUCCCAUUAGACUAUAAAUUCUUCACUUCAACAGCCACACACACACACACACUGUAACAAACACAUACCCAGUCCCCACAUCGUGUCAUCAGACGUCAGUACCCAGGCCUCUGUGCUCUGGACUGGGUUGAUUUGUGGUCGUCUACCCCUCAGGCUGGUUCCGUGAUUUAAAGCUGAGCUUUGAUAAUUUGUUUUUAUGUUCUUUUUUCUCUCUGCCUGCAUUGCUACCCAUUUCCUUUCCUUCUUUUCUUAUCUCCACUUCUUCAUGUUAAAACCUCCCUUACACACACACAGACACACACACUUUAUUAAUGAUGUAAAACUGCACUUAAUUAAAACUUACAUUUGUUUAAUCUUCCUAACUUUACUUAUGGGAUCGUAUGUUCUGACUCAUUUCUCUUUCUAAUUUCCGACCCUCUUCCUCCCACUGCAGAAAGGUUUGCGGACCUUGGUGGUAGCAUGCCGGCACUUCAGACCGGAGGAGUACAUCGAUGUGGACAGGCGUCUGAACGCUGCCCGCACUGCGCUGCAGCAGAGGGAGGAAAGACUGCAGGAGGCCUUCAGCUACAUCGAGAGAGACCUGCAUCUGCUGGGAGCAACAGGGGUGGAGGACAAGUACGGAGACUGAUGAAUAAAUUGGAAUUUAUUUGUGUUUUCCUCCUAAAAAAAAACAUCUCUCAUUCUCUUAUACAUAUUUCAGUGGUUUUUAAGUGUUUCAUACCAGAAGGAAAGCAUGUAGUAAAGCGUUACACUUCAGUAGGUAAUGGAACAAAGAACCCUGAUGCAGAUUUCGGUGUACAAUGAAAGAGGUAAAUCAGAAAAGUACAUUUAAAAUAAAGAUAUAUAGUGUUGUAUUCACUCGAAGCCACUUCCAUUGGCCAUCAUUGGAAAACUAUUGCUUUAUAACAAUGAGACUCACUAUACGGUUUGAUUCAAAGUUAUGUAGCUCAUGUUUUCAUCAUGUUUGCCUCAGGCAGUCAGUAAAUAACAUACACAGUAGGUGCUGUGUGGAUAAAACACAUGUUCUUUUCUGCAUGGUUAGCUUUCACAACAAUCUUUAUGUUUUCUUAGAUAUAGGUUUUUCCUUCUUUGUGUGCUCAUUUAGCCGGGCCGCAACAUUUCCGUAUGGAUGGAUGGUGAUGUUGACCUGGCUGUUAAUGAGCCCUUCACUUUAGUCCACACUGAAUUAUCUCAGCAAUUACAGGCCGGUUAGUCAAUUUGUACGGUUCUACAAGAUUGCCCCUUGACUUUGAUGAUUUGUUAACUUUCAAAUUAACACCAAAGAUCACAGAAAGUUCUGGGAAGCAAACGUGAGCACGCUAGGAAGCUAAAGUAGAGUAGCAGGGCUCGACAGUGCGACUGUUUCACUUGCAUUUGCACCUAAAAAUAGAUGUGUGUGAAUUGUAAAAUGUAUUUAGGGGCACAUGUGCGCAUAAAAAAAAAAUCAGCAGAGGCGAUAAUGUUUUUCCAUAGACUUUAUAAUGUAUAUAUAGUAUACACAGUCUAUGGUUUUUUCAUGUAAAUACCGCAGUGAAGUUAGUUUCAGGUUGGAUAUGCGACGGAUAUUCAGCAAGGAUCUCCCGGUGUCUUCUCACUCUCCAUAACCGGUAAUAGCAACAGUGCGGUUAAAUCUACUCUGCAUCCUCGCUGUCAACGUUUGGUUGUUGAAUAAGGGACUAUCAAUAAAUUACCAGUUGAUGUUCUCAAAAAAGGCUGUUUUCCUUCAAUAACCUCCAUAUCACGUGACCAAUUGACCUAAAUUGAUUUCAAAUAGUAGUACUAAGGUCGGACGAUAAGACACACCUCUUUAUUUCCCUAGUUUGUCCUCAAAACAUUUUGUGUUAAAUUUAAAGGCAAAUUUUGAAAAUUUUCUUCAACAGCUUCCAUGUCAUGUGACCAAUUGACCUAAAACUGAUUUCAAAUAAUAGUACUAAAGUUGGACAAUAAGACAACAGACUUAAGUUCUUUGUGUGCUCCUUACUUUUUCAACUUAGAGCACAUGUUCUUCUUGUGAAAAAAGUUAGUGUUAAGCCCUGAGUAGGAAGCAAAGCUACUGGACGCCGGCAUGCUAGCUUUCUCAUUCUGAGCCUUUUUGUAAACUAACUUUAGCAUUAAGUCUAAAGAGCGGCUGUGCCUGGAUGUGUUUUCACAGAACCAAAGGUAGCUCGGCUGUAUACGACAUCGAGACAUUGGGAGCAGCUCUCGCAGACAUAAAAGAUAAAUAACAAAACUAAAAGUAAAUAUGUUGCAGUCAAAGAUUAAAGCAGUGUGUUAUUAAAGUAUUGGCUUCACAUUUUCAGAAACAAUAAAACCGUGGGCAGGAGAAGCAGCUACAGUGUUAGUCAGCAGAAAGAGGAGGACAUCAUCUCGCUGAGCCUCUCUGGAAAUUAAUGCUGAUAUGUGUUUGCAUUCGCUCACCAUCUGCUCCUCACAUAAGCCUCUCACUUCACUCACUCUGUCUGUUUAUCUCUCUGCAGCUCUCUGUCUUUUCUCUCCGCUGCUCUGUCUCUGUAACUGGAAUGAAUUUCUCCUCAGGCGCACAUGGUCACAAUCAAAGGACUUCCUUUAUUAUGGGAGACUAGGCUCAAAUUCAUCCUUUUUCAGUCUAAUAGGAAUAAUGUAGCACUGAUAGCCAUGGUUAUAUUAGAUCAAAUUCAUCGUCUCUAUUAGCCUCUUUUGUUUUAUUGAGUACGGUCAUAAAUAGGAUAAAUACUGCGAAAGGAAAUCUGUGCAGCUGGAUUUCAGAGUCACCUUUCUUCUCUCGUUAGAUAUGGGUAACAUAAGGGCAGAAAUAGACACUUACUUUAAUGGGUUUCUUGUAAAGAGUAUGAGAUUUAUUUUGUUCUGUCUGCUUUGAAGCAGUUUUUCAUUGCUUGUAUACGAUAAAAAUUAAGUAAUUACUAAAAAGGUUUGAACUAUUGAGGAAAUGUCAGCUCUCAACACAGUUUUCCUCUUUGUUAGUCCGACCUGCAAAGUGAUGAUACAAAGAAAAACAAAGCACUCAGCCUUUUCUUUCUACAUCACAAGCAGUCCAAUAACAUGGUCUGCAUUGUCUUUCUCCCCUGUGUCUGUCAGACUCCAAGACAAGGUCCAGGAGACUAUUGAAGCUCUGCGGCUGGCAGGGAUCAAAGUAUGGGUGCUGACAGGGGACAAACACGAGACUGCAGUUAGCGUCAGCCUGUCGUGCGGCCACUUCCACAGAACCAUGAACAUCCUGGAGCUCCUGCAACAACGCUCGGAUAACGAGUGUGCCGAGCAGCUCCGCAGACUAGCCAGGAGGUGAGUGUGUGAUGGUAACUUUUUACUACAGCUUCUAAACAGUGUCUUUAGUUGUGUCUUUAAACUUUUUAUCCUUAUACCAUUUGCUUUUCUUACCAAUUAAACUGGGAGUUUGCCUUUAUUAGAACUCCACAGAUUGGUUUCUUGUUUUUAUUUGCAAAAGGAUUAAACUUUCUGGACAUUUACUUGUUAUUAUGUGUUCCUCCCAAUCAGAUUAAGUCUAUUUGAGUGGUUGAAUUUUCUUCCUGUCCUACCUCUCCCCUCUUAAGCUCUUUCUGACCUCCUCUCUCUCUUCUCAUUGUUCUCCAGGAUAAAGGAAGAUCACGUCAUUCAACACGGGUUAGUGGUGGACGGUGCGAGCCUGUCCUUAGCGUUGAGGGAACACGAGAAGCUCUUUAUGGAAGUGUGUAAAAACUGCUCAGCUGUGCUGUGCUGCCGCAUGGCUCCACUGCAGAAAGCUAAGGUAUCAGUCCUCUUCAACACACACAAGUAUUUACUCACACAGUGACUGAAUACACGCCUCUCACUCGGGGUGUCAAUGUGACUUUGUUCUCUUCAGGUGGUUCGACUUUUAAAAACUUCUCCAGAGAAACCCAUCACCUUAGCUAUCGGGGAUGGAGCCAAUGAUGUCAGUAUGAUACAAGAAGCUCACGUAGGCAUAGGUACGUACCUCUCGCUCAAAACACAGUUAUCAGAGCUGUGAUUAGUAACACUUUAUUUGACGCCUCUCUAGGCCUGGGCGAUAUGACAAAAAAAUGAUCACAUUAUAUUUUGUCAUAUUGUCCGAUUUCGAUUAUUAUCAUGAUUUGUUUUUAAACUGACAGAUUUAAAGUAUCUGUACUAAAAAGUAAAGAAACUAGAGAUUAGUUCAACAUUUUAUCAACAUACAAAGUAAAUAACAAAGCAAAACUUUGAAAAAUAUAAAAAUAUUUUAACUCAACAAUACAACAAAUGUAAAAAAUACUAAAUAAUACAGUGAAUUAGUGAAUUAGUUUACAGUCCCGAUGUGUUAUAAUUUGCUUAUAAACUUUUAUAACUGUCAUUAUAAACACUGAUUAAUUAAUACAGCGCUAUAACGUGAUUAUAACACAUUAUAAAUAUAUUUAUAGUGCGUUGUAGAGAUAGGUGUCAAGUAAAGUGUUACCCUGUUAUCGAUUCUGUUAUCUGACAUUCACUGUAUUGCUAUGUAAAUAUAUUUAUGAGUGCACGUGUGCCUCCAGGUAUCAUGGGAAAGGAGGGUCGUCAGGCCGUGAGAAACAGUGACUAUGCAAUCGCCAGGUUUAAGUUCCUGGCUAAACUACUGCUGGUCCACGGUCACUUCUACUACAUUCGAAUAGCUACACUUGUACAGUACUUUUUCUACAAGGUGAGACCGAACUUUUGAUUCAAUAUGAUAUCAAAUAUUCAGAGGUUGGUUUUCUUGUUGCACACAUAGCAAAAGUUUACUCACUUAUGGAUUUACAUGUUGGUUGUUUUCAGGAUUUUGAUAAAUUCACCAAAUAUUGUUCAUGAUAUCAUGUUUUUCAAAUUUUAGUGGAUAUCUACCCUUAAAUGUUCAAUUUAAUUUAAAUAAAGGAUGAUAAGCCACAGUUUAUAUCUUGUAAAAAUCACCAAAUAGGUGAAGAGUAACAUUAUUUGCCAUUUAGUUCCUUAGUAGAAACUGGUGAAUCCAUUACAACAUGCUGUUCAGGUCACACAAAACUGGAUUUUACAGGAGCUGUUCUCCAGCUCAGACCUCUUCACUGCAAUGUUUUUAAUGUUUCUCUCAUUCACUCUGUCUUUUCUAGAAUGUGUGUUUUAUCACGCCCCAGUUUUUAUACCAGUUCUUCUGUUUGUUUUCACAACAAGUAAGUCUAUCUCCAUCUCUUCACUCUCUCAUAUGUCGCCGUAAGAUUUGUUUGUGGUCUUAAUGUUGCACGCUCUCUCUUUUGCUUAAUAAAACACCUUUCUUAAUUAUAAAUAAUAUUUUAACUUUUUAUUUGAGGCUCAAGAAAGAUGAACUCUGACUUUCUGUAAAAUUGCCUAACUUUAUAUUUCAUAUUUUUAAAGAAAUUUCAUGUCUAAUAUAAUUUUAGGUUUUCCUUUUUAUAUUUGACUCUGACUCAGUUUCUCUGUGUAACCGAGGUCAUACAGGUUUGUCAAAUCAAAACCAGUUAAUAGGUCGGUGUUGAGUAAAAUGCCGUCUCUGUCCGUCCCCAGACUCUAUAUGACAGUGUUUAUCUAACGCUGUACAACAUCUGCUUCACCUCGCUGCCCAUCCUCGUGUACAGUUUGUUUGAACAGCUGGUCCAUCCACACGUCCUGCAGAGUAAACCUGGUCUGUACAGGUGAGUUUUCAUAUCAUCCGUAAGGGGAUACGACACAGUAAGGGUUAUAAACUUUUAAUUUGAAGCCUGUAUGUUCAUGUUUUGAAUGAAUUUGUAUGUCUGCUAUAAAUAUAGAAGAAGUAACUGUACUUUUGAGGAACUUUAUGAAACAGUUGAAUGUUAAUCUCAAACUCGAAUUAAAAAACUGUUGAAACUUUUUUCUAAAUCACUCUGUCAACUAUUAAUUUAUUCAUUAGAGUAAACCAAAGCAUGCUUUGAUACAGUACGUCCUCUAACAAACUCUGAAACAUUCGUACUCCACAGGGACAUCAGCAAGAACUCGCUGCUCUCUUUCCGAACGUUCCUGUACUGGACUCUGCUCGGCUUCUGUCACGCCUUCGUCUUCUUCUUCGGGUCGUACAUACUGAUGGGAGAGGACACCUCGCUCAUGGGCAACGGACAGGUGUGUCUCUGGUUGUUUGAGAACAGUAUUUGUUUUGGUAUCUUCACUCAGUUCUACAGAAAAAUGAACAUGCUGAGAGGAUUUUAAAUGAUUUUAAGAAACAGCAGGGGUUGGAAGAAAGGCAAGAAAACAGCAUUGUCUGUUUGUGAGUUUGUGUGACUAUUAUUAUUAGAAUUUAGUACUGAUUGUGCCAGUUGCCUGCUGGUCUUUCUUCACUCACUCUUUCAACUAAUCUUGCUGUUUUUAUCUCUUUCCAUCUAGUAUUUUUGUCUAACAGCCUUUGAUUCAGUCUGUUUUUCUCUAUCCUAGAGCCAGCAUGUAUAUCACUUGUGUAAAAACAACUCAAUUUUUAUGAUUUCUUGUGUCUGUUGUUCUUCACCAAAUCACUUUUCUUCUCUUUUCUUCUUGCUGCAUAUCUCUGCCAUCUUUCUCUCUGUUUUGAAGUUUGAUAUUUCAGAAAGCACUCGCUCUUAUUGCGCCCUUUCGCUUGACUUUUUCUUCUAUCUUUUGUUGAUUACUGUUUUCCUCCUCUGCCUUCACGCUGUGCAUGUCUUCAGAUCUUGCGAGCUAACAGGCAGCUGGUAAGAGUCUGCUCCACAGUCGAAUGCAUGUCUCCUUGGGGGGUUAAUGGGAGGUCUGUCAGGAUGAUUUAACUUAUUUUGUCCUGCAAAUAAUGUAAAAAAAAAAACAUUUAUACCUGUGCUCAGAGGGGCAUUUACAUGUGGUUGGCAUGAACAAACAAUCCUGCGCUUUGUGGAAAUAUAAAACAACUCUGUUUCCCUCUUGAAAAAUCAAAGCAAGCAGUUAUAAAAUAUGCAACAACCCAUUAACUCUGAUGGUUCUUGUAAUUUGUAAUCAGUUUUAGAUUCUCCAAAUUAAUUGUGCACUCAUACUUUUAGUAACACUCUCUUUCACAUCAAACAUUGAAAUGCAUUUAACGCUUUUGAUGUACUAAACAAACAAACCCACACUGAGUUUCUCUUCACUUUAAACAUGAAGCGCACAAGCCUCAAAUGUGUAUCUUUAUGAGUAUGAUAAACACAGACUUUGUAUUCAGAUCAUUUUUUUGGGGUACUUAAAGACACUAUAUUGUAGGGCUGGGCGAUAUGUCCUUAAUUCAGUAUCAUGAUAUAUUGAGUAGUUCACCUUGAUAAUGAUAAAUGGACGAUAACUACUCCUGCUCACCCCCUCCAUCAUUAACUUUGUCUACUUCAGCUGCUACAACUUUUGAACCGUCCUCCAUCUCCUCACCUGUCUUUCCUUCUUUGUUAUGGACUGGAUGGGGUGGAGUGACGUCUCCGACGUAGGACAGCUUCUUAAAGGGACAUGAGACCAUAGCCUACCUACACACAUCCAAAACCGACUUUUAUUCAUUUAUUUUUUUGACACCCAAUAUAUUGACAUGGACAAAAUGAUGUCGGUUAUUGACGUAAAUUUCGGUAUCUGUAAAUUUUCGGUUUAUCGCCCAGCCCUACUAUGUUGAUAAAAUGCUGUGUGGUUUUACGUGAUAGAUGCAGAGAGCAUUCACUCUACAGUCCUUCAGCGUGCACUGAGUUCAUAAAAGAUUCAGAUGUCUAUGAAUAUAUAUAUUUAAUAGUUAGAGUAAAAGAAAGGACCGUGAUUUAUCUGAAACACUGUAAGGCUAAGUUAAAAAGGUGAAAGGUUAAGUUGGAUGUAGUUUGUUUAAGGUAAUUGAUUAUUUUGCAACACAGGAAAACCAAAGUGUGUACAAAGGGGGUUUUGUAGAAACUUGCAUGCCAUCAGUUGAUAUAUAAGUAGAGUAGAACUGUGACCCUGACAUGUCCCUCUGGAUUUAUCAUAGUCUGCUCACCGUUUCCAGUGUUUGGACUCCAGCAGGGUCUUGAAUUGGCUGGCAGCAAAACAAUGCCUCCUACAGCUCCCGACCCAUAAGUAGAGUGAUUCCCAGUGCAAUGUGAGAGCUGUCGACGGUAGUCACACAGUUGGAGGGCAAGGUCUCAUUACAGGGAUCGUAACACCACACAGGUUGUUAACCGAGGUCGCCGGCUUUUAGAAGUUUUCUCUCCGUUGAAAAGCUGAAACAGAGCUCACCUCGUCUGACCUGUCUAGACUUUCAGCUGUCGUACAGAGGAGUGCGUAAUGUCAUCGAAUCCUUUCAAGACAACCCCUUAAAAAAACAAACUACGACUGUUAUUUGAGUGAUCUGUUAAUCAUUUUAAUGUAAAAAAUGUCAGGGACUUGAGAUUUAUUUUAAUAUGAUUUGUGCCCUCACAUUAAUCUUGUAGAGCUGAAUCAAAGAAGAGAGAAUAAGGAUGUUUUUAGCAUUCAGAGAGUUGACAACCAGAGAAAAAUAGCUCAAGGUAGCUGAACGUAAACAUACCAGUCAUUCAACAUUAAUGUGUCAUAUAUUUACAGUUGAUAAUGUCAGUAUGUCGAGGAGUUAACGUUUCUGUUAACAGUAAAAUGACGUUUUUUUUUUAGAUGUUUGGAAACUGGACAUUUGGAACGCUGGUCUUCACAGUCAUGGUCAUCACCGUCACAUUAAAGGUAAAUUACACCUUCUUUAAACUCUCACCACAAUCGACAACGAUUCAGUUUUCACAGGUUUUAGCCAACAUCUCCACACAGUCAUUACUCAUGGGUGUUUAACUGUGCAGCAUGCUUAGCCCCACAGCCAAAAUAUGAAAUACGGCAUGUUUUGAAAUAUCGGGAUGAUGUCAUUGGCUGUUAUUAACAUUAGAUUUGUCACAGGUCGGGGUCAAGGUUGUUUUUAUAGCCUAGAGACAGAUUGGUGUGGUUUAUUGAUGCUCUACCUGUCCCCAUCUGUGUUUUACACCUACUUUUCUAUUUCCCUGAUAUGUGUGUGUCUGUGCGUGUGUGUGUGUGUGUGUGUGUGUGCGACAGCUUGCUUUAGAGACUCAUUUCUGGACGUGGAUGAACCAUUUUGUGACCUGGGGAUCGAUCGCCUUCUACUUCAUCUUCUCCCUCUUUUAUGGAGGCAUUAUUUGGUAAGAUGUGAUUCUUAGAAGGACUAUGUUUUUUUUCUUUUUAACACCACACAGUCAGAGAAAAAGCUUCUCUCUAUGGUGCUGUGUCUCUGGGCUCAGCUGUAGCUUAGUGUAGGCCCAGCAUAAUACCUCUGGAAUAACCCACUCUGUGCAGGAUAUAAAUGCUGGGCAAUCAUGAAACAGGUUUGCAGAGAGAGAAAAAAAGUGUGAUAUGCACCAGGUCUGGAUGAAAGUGGGCGAUUUAGUCAGAAACAGUUGCACUUGAAAUCUUAAGUCUUUGUUGGCAACUUGAGUUUGGUUGAAUGUGGUUUUCAGCUGGAUUUAAGAUUAUGGAAACCUCUUAAAGUCCAAUUCCAAACCAUUUUUUUUUUUUUUUUGUUACCUAAAGUGUUCUCGGUGGUCUUUGAAUUGUGAUUAUAAAGUUUUUACCAAAAAUCAUGCUACCUGUGUCAUUUGAAGGGCUUUUCUUUUGCAGAGCUCCAGUAGAUCAUUAGCAAUUCGCCUUUGAGUCGUGGGUGGAGACAGCGCUACUCUGCACACUUCUUUUCACGUUAGGUUGUAGCCCAACAUUACCAGAGUAGUAGAAGUGGCAGGUAACAUCGGAGCUAUUCAGCUCUCAGAUACUACAGUCGAAUAUCAUGAUUAGCUUUCUUAUGUAUUGCAAACCGCUAACACAGAGGCUUGUUCCCCGAGUGUCCGCUCGCUUUCUCCGAGCCUGGCCUGCAUAGCAGGGCUCCGGGGGCGGAGCUUGGAGUGGUUACAUAUGAAAUCUCACGGUUCCUGAACCUGCCGUUUGGGUCUGCCAGAGAAUCAUAUGGAUUUGAAUGAAGAAAUACUCAGAAAAGCAAUUUUACAUUUAGUUUUCUCAUGAUAUGUCCUGUAGCAUUAGAAAAAUGCCAUAUGAACAUGUAGACAAAUAGAAAAACAUGAUUUUCAUAGGAGUGGGUCUUUAAGCAGACCUAUGUGUUUGCUUUGUUAUUGCCUGACUUAAAAAAAUACAAACUAUGUAAACAGGCAUGCAGUCAGCCUCUCAGUUUACACUGUUCUACAAACUUCUAUUCAAUUGCAGCAGUGAGGAAAUGCUGGUUAUAAAGUCAAACUGUGCUUCUCUCUAAUACUGCAAUUAAUGUCUGAUUACGGAGUCCUAAUCCUGUAUCCUGCAUCACUCUGAAUUUAUCAGAUAAAUUUUGCUUACCUUCUUGAGUCCACCUGUGAUGUAAAAGUUGUGUUUGUUUUGUGGACUGUCCUUUGGGGUAUCUCAUAAUCUUAAAUUAUUUUCAUGUUGUUGUAAGAACCCCGGCUCUGGACUACAAAAUACAUUUGGCAGUUGUGCUUAUUCUGGCGUAUUAGCAGUGACGCAUAUUGCUGACAUAUUGAUUAAUGUGCACUGCUUUACGCCAACAUAUUAAAUCUAAAAUAAAGGGGGAAAUCUCUCUCUCAGAUUGGAGCCAUCCUUUUAAAAUUGGACCACAUUACAUGGUGUGAUAUUGAUAUUGGUUAUUGGAUUUUGUUUGUGACCAUUUCAUCUCUUCUUCUCCCUCUAGGCCGUUCCUCCACACCCAGGACAUGUACUUUGUGUUCGUACAGCUGCUGUCCAGCGGAUCGGCCUGGUUCGCCAUCAUCAUCAUCGUCAUAACGUGUCUCUUCCCUGAUGUGGUGAAGAAGGUCUUCUACCGACAUCUGCAGCCCACCAGCACACAGAAGAGUCAGGUAACAUGAGCAGGAAGGGCAGAAAGUACAAAACAAUGAUCAGAGAAGACUUUUACGGUCUUUGAGUGUUGGAAACGAAGUCCAGCCGAUCCUUUUUAAGGGGAUUUCACGUUUCUCUGGGACAAAGUGGAGGUACAGGUUUUCUUUUUCAAAUGGGAUGGGAUUUAAAACGGCUCAUUCAGCAUUUAUCUGUUUGUUUCCAACACUUUAACUGCUGGCCUGACUCCAAGGUGCUGUGUAACCUCUCUUGGACAAGGAAGUUCUUAAUGAAUGUUUAAGUAGCUUUUUUAGUGAAACACAACUCUACAUGUCCACCCUGCUGUAAUCGCUCAGAGAAUUACAGAUGUUUUUUAAUUCUCUUUGUGCUUCGUUGUACCUAAGUUUGAUGAUCUAGCACAUGGGAAAUUAUAUCUACUACAGGCUGCAACUUACUUUAUUUCAGGUUUUUGUAGCAAAUUGACCAAAACUGAUAAUAUGUCUGAGUAAUGCUGGGCGAUAAAACAAUAAUGAUAUAUAACGAAAAUGAAUUUCCCUCGAUAUCAAUAUAAAACAUGGAGACAAGUGCGUUCUCCAUGAUUUAGCUGGGUUUAGAGCAGCAAGGUAUAUGAUGUAUGUCCCCGUUAAAAGACGCAGAUACAGAUAUUCAGUUUUGUGGUGUGCACACAGGUCGGAACGCCUAUGGUUAGUUCACGAACAUAGGACAAGUGAAAACUCACCGUACAACCCAAUAUACCUGAACAGUAUUUACUUGAAAACACCUUUAAAACAUUGGCUUUCUAACAGGCAUUCUGUCAUGUUUUGGUAGACUAAACGAAAAGCCAAUGAAAAGGGGAGUUGCUCCGGGUCUGCUUCGCGUCGGAACCAAUCAUGUGCUGAAUUAGUACUAAAUAGCAAAGAUCUCACAGAUGCAGCAGCUUAUUGUAUUGCAAAAGACAUGCUACCAAUACACACUGUUAAAUUUCAUUUUUUAUAUCGAUGUUGACUGAUAUAAAAAAAAGAUAUCGUGAUAAACUUUUUCCCGUAUCGCCCAGCCCUAUGUCUAUGAUUGGUCAAAUGCAAAGAUGUAGAAAAUAAUUAUGAUAACAGAAUCAGGUCAGGUAAUUUGGUUCAUCUUGAUUUUGAAUGAACUUUGUCAUUUGCCAAAGAUGUUUGGUGAUUCACGUAUUUAUACCUGCCGGCUCAGGCUCAAAAAGUAAAACUCAUUAAAAGUGAUUAAAUGUCACCGGAGAGGCUGAACACGUUCCAGUCGUUGGACUGUCUGGCGUAAGGUGUACAGAUUUAUCACUUAUUCCUACCUGAGUCACAAAAAUAGAAGUUAUAUUUCCUGUUAUAUGACUGGAGCCUGAAGGGAGGAAAAUAAAGGAAAAGUCGCUGUAACUCUAGACAGAGGGGGGAAAUGUUCUCGGUGGUCACAUUGUUGAAAUAGUUCAUUAUUCUCUCUGUGGUCAUGAGUUACCCACCUCUUUACAGGAACUGCAUGGUGUUUGAUUACACACACUGCUUGACUUCCUUUCGAUCCAGCGCACACAUACACAAAAACACAGUGUGCAUGGUCACCUCUCAGCAGACCACCACUGUUACCGUAUUGAUUUGUUAAGCUUGAGACUGUUUCUGAUUUCCUCCUUUCAAAACUCUCCUCUCGUCUCCCGGGAAAAAAAUAACAAUCCUGUGGAGUGUAACUUGCUCUGGUGUGUUGUUUCUGCUGUAACCUUUGUCCUGUUUGUCUUUGCGUGUCCAAGCGAGACUUUGAAAGUGAGUUCAGUGUGCUUGACCUCUAACCUCUCUGUGUGUCUGUAUGUGCUCUUCCUCCUCUCUUCCUUUUGUCCUCUCGGCGUAGAUGUAUUCCAACCGCGUGGCGAUAGGUGAUGACUUCAUCGCUCUGCAGCCUCUGUCCAGAGCCAAGAGCCAGCUGGGCAAAAUUAGGUAGUGGAGAUGAGGCUGAUUCAGCCUUGAGUUAAAAAUACAAAAAUCAUCAAAUAGAUUAAGAUAAAAUAAGGAUCCCAGGAGUGCUGCUUCAAAAGCAAUAUCUCUGCAUAAGGAGUUUAUGGGGCUGCAUCUUUAGAUUUUACAAACUAUCAUCCAAGAUUUUUAUGUUCCUCUUCAGUGAUAAUACUUCAUCCAAAUUUAUUUUCACUUCCUUUUGCUCAAAAAGAUGUAUUUCACGUAUUUUAACACUUUUAAAGGGUGUCACAGUGGCAGGCUCUCUUGUCUUUUUGAUUUCUCACCUUUAUCAACACCAUAAGCAAUGUUUGUAAGUAGGUCUAUUAAACAGCAUUAUUGUGUCAGAGUUAAUAAACUCAGUGAUUCUAUAAGGUUAGUCAAAGUCCUAUUUUUUACAAUAUGCUCUCAUGCAUGAUGUCUUCACACUAUGAAUACAAGAAUAUUAACUCAUUCAGUGCCAGGUUCAUUUAUGCAGUUAUUGCCCAGUGCCACCGUUGACCACAAUAGAAAUUUCCGAAUCUUUCAGGACCCACAGAAUAUCUUGUGCUUGGAUUAGAAUUUAGUGCAAUAUCUCAAAAGAAAGGGGUGAUUCUCUUCCUUCACCAGAAGAUUAAGUUAGUGACUAACCCAAUCCUGUGUUUAGUUAUUGUCUGCUCAAUGCAGCGUGGUCAUAAUCAUCUUUGCCAAUCUGGAAAAAGAAAACUGGGGAAAACACAUUUUUACGAUGGACAGACUUUCAGGCAGAACUCUGAUUGUCUUUUUCAUUUUACUUCCACCUACUUUACCGGUGGCAUCAAGGUCCCCCCUCCUCGGACACCACUCCUCAUCACUCUCAAGAUCCGAUUGUGAUGGGUUACUUUGACCUUACGCCACGACGUAAACCACACGGAAUGCUCGCGUCCUCCUCGCCAGGACUGAUGCCAGUACACCAGUACCGGCACUGGCACAACAGGAAAUUGUUUAUUUGUUUGUCAGCUGACGAUGUGAAGGUCUGGUACCGGGAUCUCUACUGGAUCCAGAGAUGGUAGCACUGCGCCUACAGGAGCCGAUGCACUGAGACCAUUAGCUCUUGGCUAAUGACUUCGGCAUUUUCCUUCUCUCCUCAUAGAGCGAAAAUACUCCACAACCAGACUAAUUGGCAAACUUGAUCACACACUUUUGACUAGCGAGUACUUGUUUUUUGUUAUUGUAACAUGGUUAUGACGCAUUUGUCGGCUUUUCUGCGUUCAAAACGACCUCAAACUUAGUCACAUAUUGGGAGGGAGCGCCCUCUGACAGAAAAUAAAUGGCACUGAAUGAGUUAAUGCUGCAGUAAGACUUUACUUUAUCAGAUCUGCUGCCUUAUUUUAUAAGGUCUUAAAGUUAUUGAUGCAGACAGAUUCAAACUGAUAUUUACACCAUAUAAGCUCCAAAAAGUAGAACUGUUGCUUCAUGAAACCAGCACUCCGAUCCAAAACCAUAUACAGUCUCUUCAUACCUGGACUUCAUUAAGUCCUAUUUAAGCCUGUGUCUGACACUAGCAGUACACCGGUGUGUCGUUAAUGUGGGAAUAGUUUCUUUUUUGUCUGCAUGCCCUGAACAAACCAAUCAGCAUUCUCCUCGAUUGGGAUCAAAAGGGGAUUCAACAUCAUUUCCAGACAAUGCAAACGAAUGUGACAUCAAGCAUUUCAGACACUGCAUGUGAGAGACUGCCAUAUUGUGUUAUUGUGUUAUUCUUAGACCUCCACACCUCCUCCCUGUCCCGUGUGGUGUUGUCAUUAGUCUCAUCGCUGCAUGAACAAACAUGAAUGAAUGGAUGAAUGUUAGAUCAGGUGGGAUCUUCAUCAAACCGAGUUUAUGCUCUGCCCUCAGUACUUAUUAUAGUAUGAAAGCAAUCGACACCACGACCUUAAUCAGUGUCCCAGAGGUCAUUCCUUCUGACUGUGACAUCCUGCAUCUGCAUCAGUACACAAUCAGAGCACCAGUCAGACCCGCUGCCUGACCUCAGCUUGUGGUUUUGUCAUACGACCGCAGUCCGGCAUGCCACACUCAUGCUAAGUUGACUUGGAGUCACAUGAUGCAGCCCAUCAAACCACAGCUUUUUAUCUCCAGCAUGAUCCGUCCUCUCAACAUAAACCCUACCAGACCCCCCCCCUCUGAGUGGAUUCACCACUUGACGCAUUACCUCACCCCCAAGAGAGUCCGCCUGCAUGGUUUGAGACCUAAAGAACAAGACUGACACCUCUCCAUAGCUGCAUGACAGACUCUUGGACCGGUCUGGGCUGUCUGGUGCAGCAGCAUGAUGCUUUCCUGUUAAAGCAUGACAGACAGCAGUCUUGUUUUUGACUGAUGACUUGACGAUCAUGUGCAAUCAUAGCAGAUGAUACUGUAAACAGCCUGGAAGGAGAAUGUGAGGGAAACAAUGUGGAGAAUGCUUUAUAUAUAUAUAUGUUUUAGGUAUAAAAUUUGCAGCCUUGUGAAAGACUUACUCACUUCAAUCUGUACUUUUUAGUGGUUCAGUUGUGCAGCGUGUUAGUAGACGGAUCAGAAUCACAGAAGAUAGAUCAGAAAUUAGUAUGAUAAUGACUUCAGUGUUAAAGAAAUGUGUGAAAGCCUGAAGACCAAAAAAUGAGAAAAGGAGUUUUUAACAUUUCUAGACUGCCAAAACCUUUCUUAAACUUGUCACAAUGGUUAUUUCUCUUGAUUCUAUCUAGUCUAAAAUAUUCGUCGGAGUAUGAGGGCCACAUUAAGUAGAAAAAAUUAAGACUUCGAGUUUAAAGUCAAGAAUAAAAUCAUUACUUACGAGAACAAAGUCGUAAUGAAGUUAGUACUUAUGAGAAGGAAGUCAUAAUAAAGUCAUUAUGAUACUGUGGUGCUGAUGUGCCAAAAGAUGUAUCUUCUUGUUUGAGAAACCUAUACUGAAGUACAUUUUCUCCGUGGCUCUCAUUUCAAAAACUUUCACCUUAACACCUUUCACCUUAUAAGGAAUUUAUUCUGACUUAACCCUGUAAGUGAUUACUUUACUAAGACUUUAUUCUUUUAAGUGAUUACUUUAUUAAAACUUUAUUCUCGUAAGUAAUGAUUUAAUUACAACUUUAUUUACUUAAGCAAUGAUUUUAUUACAAAUUUAUUCUUGUGAGGUAACGACUUCAAUCUCAAAGUCCAAAUUUUUUUUUCUUAAUGUGGCCCUAAUACUCCAUCGUAAAAAUAUGACUUGGAAUUGAAAUGCACAGAUUUUUUGACAUUGCAUUGCAUGCAUUACCUAAUCUGCACCGCUUAAUGGCAUGCCAUCUCUGAUUGUUCUGCCGUCGUGGAUAAUUCUGCUCAGUAUCAAAAAAAUAAGUUUGUUUUGAAGUUGUUAAAAUGAACUUAGUUGCCAGUUUAUAAAAAUGUUUAAAACACGCGUUUUUGAAAUCAGCCCUACAGCGAUGAAGUUAACCUUCAGAGAGGUGACAGUAAGUCUGCAGUCAUCUGCCUCUUAACUAUUGUGUAUUAGAGAUGUUUCUUAGUUUUUGAGAAUCUAAACCGAGCGACCUUCAUAAAGGUAGGGUUAAUUGCCGUAGUUUUGACAAUGUGGAUCCGAAAUGCUGGCAACUGAGUUUAUGUUCCAAGUGACUAACAAUGUUGGCAACGCAGGUCCCAUCCGGCUAAAUCAAUGAGCAGAAACAAAGUGCAGACUGAAGGGAGGACAAAAAGCACAUUAUGCAAAGCAGCUCCUGUUUUCUCCAGUUUGAGCAAAUUGUGUUUGAAAUGGUAGAGCCGCACAAGAUGCUCUUUACCGGACUCCAAAGCAGCAUGUGUUCAUGCUAAUGUGCUGUAUAAAACAGUUUUUUGAAAGAGUCCCAGUGUCAUUCAGUCUUUUUUUUCCUAAUUAGAUUAGAAGGAGGUAAUCAAAACAGAAUCCACAGGACUCUCCUGGGUUUUCUGUUGUUGUCUUACUCUGAAGCUCUGAUAGAUUCACCAGCAGGUUAAUUGGUUUGGAUGAUUACAGAUUUGCUCUUAUCUGCAUUUGAAGGAUCAGUUUCCCUCGAGAUGUCUUUCUUGGGCCUGCAGCCUUCUUUCUGCUCAUGUGUUACUCAGUUUAACAUCAUUUCAAGGCUUAGACUGUCCUGCUCAUCAAUGUGUUGAAUUGUGACUGCUUUUGUGAGAAAUUAAAGCCCUCCUCCGGUGACCUCAUCAUCAGCACGGAUCAACCAAAGGCUGUCUUCUCAGGCGGUGAUUUAUGAUUAUCUCCCAGUCCCAAUUAAAACGAGGCUUAGAUCUGUCGCAGGGGAGUACAACCUCGGCUGCACUUUGGCGUCUUCUUUUAAAGAAAAGCAUGAAGCAGCUCGUCUUAUUUGCUUUGUAGACCAAAAGAAAUGUGCUUUCAUUUUUUUAUUGCAACAUGAAAGAUUGUUUUCAUGGUCACUUUUGAAGGGCUUUAAAGCAGGGACCGGCUUUUACGCGGUCCCUGCAAAAUGUAUGUGCGAGUUAAGUGCACACUGUAAAGUGAGGGUCAGAAGUUCAAUUAACUCCCCUUCCUUACAGUGGAGCCUGACUGACUCUCUGACCGACUGACUGCUUACUAACUGACUAGUUAAUGUGCUGGGAGGUAAAAAGGCGGUGCUGAAAAACGUAUCCACUGUGUAGCAGUCCUUUUGUCUUUGUUUUGAGUCCAUUUAUUUUACAAAACACUCAGAGCACAGACCAGAAGUCUAGUCUUGUGGGACUAUAUAUUUCCCAAAUUAUAAAUUAUUCUGAACUAAGGCCGUCACUAUAUUAGAUUUGCCCCUCACGAUUAUAAAUGAAGAAUAACAAGACAUAACAACCUUUGCCGGGCUGCACUCUUCAUUUAGCCCCGUCCUGUAAGUCAUCUUUAACAGUCAGAUGAAAACAUGUUUGUUUCGUUGGAGCAGACCCAAACAAAGCUUCACAUGAUCACAUGAAUUUAGAUAUUUUUCAGGUAAAAAUGAAACGAUGGUGUGAAGUAGAAAAUUAAAACAGGCCACAGAUUUGGACUCUUUGCAUUACAACUUCUUUUUCUCAGAACUUAUAUUGUUUGUCUUCGUUUGUUGAACAUAUUUCAAACACUAAGAGGGAAAAGAAAAUUGCAUUUGAAAUAAUAGAUUUCCUCUUUAUAUUACCUUAAAUUAAAGUGUUAUUUGGAGUCCAUAUAAAGAACCACAGUGGAUAUUUUUCCAGCGUGCUCAGCUCCUUGCCAAACGGGCUUUUCUUGCUAUGUUGCUGUAUCGGUGUCUGACCUGCUGACAGUCUACACGGCUGACUGACUGAUGAGCUGUUGUUCCACCAGCCAGCCGGGCUCACUGUAAGCAUCUUGUGUCCUUCAGAUGGAAGAGGGUGAGGGUUCAGUCGGCCCAGAAUAUGACCCUGUUAAAGUCCAGCGGAGCCCAGGGGAGGACAAUUGGCACCUGCUAGCUGCUUAUCCUCCCCCUGCUGCCCCCGGCCCAGACCCCUGCUCCCCUAGGUAGUACCAUACUUCACUCCCAUUGUCCCCCCCCCCCUCCCUUGUACUGUCACAGCCCCAGCAUUACGACUUCCCUUAAAGGACCAACCAACCCUGUGCACCCCCUGACAGCUGCAGCAAACCACAUAUGUCCCUAUAUUUGGUUCAGGCUACCUGCACCUUCAGUCUGUCACCCAUGACUGUAUGUCACAGCUGCUCCUGCACUGUCCCUCAAAUCCAUAUGUGAAAGUACUAUCCCUGUAUGUCAGUGUUACUUCCAUCCACCCCUAUCUGAUCACCUCAGCCCUCCCUUCCUCCAUGAGCAUGAUUGUCCCCAUCUCGGUCUGGAUUUUAGAGCAGAUCUGGGUUCAGAGUUUAGAGAGAGACUGCUGCUGGCAUGUUGACCUCAUUCAAUUGUUGUUCAACCAUCUGAUCCCACCUUCAUUGUCAUAGUGCUCCACAUUGAAACCUAGAAGUUAUACUAUAAUCUGCAUGUGAGUAUUGAAUACUUUAAGUUCCACAAAGGAUUCAAAAUCUAGUUUUGAAGUUUAUUUCUCUUCUGGUCUUUGAUUAAAGGAUUUUGCUGUUUUUGUUCUUUUUGUACCGACUCUGCUGUCUGAGAGAUUAUGCUAUAAACCCCAGAUUACAUUACAUUUGUUUAUGCUUACAGUCACCAAACAAUAUAUAGUCAACUGUUCUCUGCUGUCACAGUUGUGUAGCACAACAUAAUGUUGUACUAAAAGGACAGUGAGCGUGAACUCCAGCUGAACUUUACGGCUAAUAUGAUAAAUCAGGAAGGGGAUGAUGCCACCCCUAUAGCUGUCAACAAGGCCUCGGCCAAUUUACUACAAAACCCACGAUUGAGACGUGGUUUUCCUGGAAAACCUCGGUUUACAAGAGAACUAUAAAUCAUAGAGUCUGGCGUGGUCUUGCUCUUGGCAUCAUAUUUCUGCUGCCUCCCUCCCGAGCGAAAGAAUUACUCGCAACAAACAUUCCUCAGGGCCGUUCAGUCACUUCAUCUCUCCUGUUUAUCUUUUCCAUAAACAGCGCAGGAGAACAAGUUUUAUUGCAACAAUGACCGUCACUAACUGCAAUUUCUCAAGACUCCUAAGAUUUUUAAGCCCUGUGGUGGCAGAUGAAUGUUUUUACUAACUCAUACUCAGGCAAUAUCAGUCAGCCAAACCAACAUAGACACACCAAGAACAGAAACACUCAUGGGUUUACCAUCCACAGGUACAGCUGAGGCUUGUCUGCUGUCUCUGUUUUGUCUGGGGCUGUAAUCAACCAAAGACAUUCUUGGUCGACUAAAACCCCAAAAUUUUCAACCAAAAAUCAAGUAUGCAGCUCGGCGUGGUAAAAAUAUUAUAAGAAUAUAUAUGGAAAUAUUUUUUUUGUAGAAUGGUAGAAGAAAGUCCCGCCUCCUUCACCUCUGAUUGGCUAUAAAAACUGGACAUUUACGCACCUCUGAAUCUCCUUACCCCAACCUUAACCCAACAGACGAUGACGUUUCACAACCAUAAGGAAUAACCAAUCGGAGCCCAGCACUUCUAGCCAAUCAGAGGCAAAGAGGGCGGGACCUUCCCCUACCAUCCUACAAAAUAAAGUUCGCCUACCGUUGAUUAACGUGAACGCUCUUCAAUCUUCCUGUCCCCAGCCGGUCUACGGCGGGUUGGGCGAAUCCAAAAUUGUGAAAACAAGGGGGGUGUUCUGAGACAGGCCGUUACCUGUGAAACGAGGGUGCUCUGAAAACACCCCCAUUAGAAUUUUGUAUGUUCCUCCUGAUGACAUUAACCAUAGACUCUAAAUUGAAUCGACCAAUCAGAAUUUUGGUCGACUCAGCACAUAUCGACCAAUAAAUCGACCGGUCAACUAGGACUUUGAAGCUCUACCUUUGUCCUGUGCAUAUUAGAGUCACCAUGUCUAACAACCUCAGCUUUGUAAGCAGCAUUAAAGUGGAGUCUGUGAGAAGACCAGACUUUGUUUCAAGCAUGAAUAAAUGCAAUAUGCUCCGAUAGAGAAAAGGAAAGCCGCGCAUCAAUUAUCCAGUGACACCUGACACUGCCAGAAUAAAUCACAGUCAGUCCGUCCCGUCGGUGUUUUGUCUGGGGCUGUCAACCAAAGACAUUCUUGGUCGACUAAAACCACGAAAUUUUCAACCAAAAAUCGACUAUGCGGUUUGGCUGGCUGAAAAUAUACCGAUAUUAGCACAAGGAGGCAAUCAAACACAAAAGGCAAGUUGAAACGCUUAAAAUAAAAAUAAAUAUUCAACAAACCAUCGGACAUUGAUUCAUGUGGACGCUCUUCAAUCUUCCUGUCUCCAGCCGGUCUCAGGAGGGUUGGGCGAAUCCAAAAUGGUGAAAACAAGGGGGGUGUUCUGAGACGGGGGUGCUCUAAAAACGCUCCAUUAGCAUUUGGUAUGUUCCUCCUGAUAAAAUUAUCUACAGACUGUAUUGAGCGAUUCGAUGACGCUGAAAAAAAUCGAGUCGCCAAUCAGAAUUUUGGUCGACUCAGCACAUAUCGACCAGUCGACUAGGACCAUGUUUAACAACCUCAGCAUGAAAGUGAAGUCUGCGAGAAGACCAGACUUUGUUUCAAGUAUGAAUAAACGCAAUAUGCUCCGAUAGAGAAAAGGAAAGCCGCGCAUUAAUUAUCCAGAGACACCUGACACUGCCAGAAUAAAUCACAGUCAGUCCGUCCCGUCGGUGUUUUGCUGUUGCCGGCCAAGAAGCAGAAGUCUGGUUUCCUGCCAGCUGUAUCUCCAGUUUCUGCUGCAGAGAAAUCUUACAGUGACUGCAUCAGAGUCCAAAUCACAGAGGAAUAAGUGCCUCACAUUUUCAGCUACAAAGAAGGAUAGUUGUGGGCCGUGUGCCAGAAUAGAGUCACAAAAUAUGAGCGUUUAGGAAAAGAGACCGAAAAAUUUUGAAAGAGAUACUAAAUAAAAGUAAUGCAAAAGUUUAUCACAGUUUAACUCAUACUAAUAAAGAUCUUUGAGGUCAUAGAGGAGGGCAAUUUAGAGCACAUACUACAUGAGUGUAACUUACACUCUGUUUCCUCUCUACUCCUCAAUGUCUCUCCUUCUCUCUCUGUCUCUCUCUCUCUCUCCCUCUCGGGUGCUGACUCAGUUUAACAGAGCAACCUGAUCCUGCAGGUUUCUAGGCAGCAGCUCCAUUCAGCUUUCACUACCUACAGUAUGCAUCACUGUCUCGUUUAAAAGUCUGAAGUCAGACUUGUUAUUCAGCCCCUGAGAGUUUUCCUGACAUUUCCUGCAGAUUUUCGCAGGUUUAUACAGAAGGAGGUUUCUGGGGGAUAGAUUAGCUGUUUUUUUUUUUUUUGUCGUGUACGUUCAUGUGAUAGCUCUGGGGGAUUUUAGAGCGUGUGUCAAACGCAAAAGUCUAGAAUAAAGCUUUUCACUGAUCAGAUUAUUUGUUCAGCUUUUCAUUCUGAUGUGAAUUUCUAAUAAGGCCAAGGACAGACUUAAUCUGCCUCACAGACACUUUAAAUAACAUUUAUUUUUUUAUUUUUUUAUCGCUUUAUUUUUCCUUUAUUUAUAGGUUUCAUUAAUGUUUAUCCGUUCCAUUUCAGGCCCCUGUGUUGCAUGUUUUGGAUGUUUUCCCUGUUCAUCAUUGUUCCUGAGACAGCAUGCAGUAUAUCAUCCCGCCAUUGUCACCUAAUCUGAAUGUAACGGUGUUCCUAAAUGGUGUUGUUGUUAAUUGUUUUCUCCCCUCUCUUACGUCUUCCUCACUCCUUCCUCCUCCUGUCUCUUAAACUCGCUCUCUUCUUCCGUCUCCCCCCUCCUCCUCCAGUCUCUAUCAGCCCCCCAGGCGCAGGCCCUCAGCUGUGUGGAGUCCCUGUGCUGCUACCAACAUGGGCAGAGCGGCUGUUCCCGCCUGGCCCGCUUCAUGGAGCAAAUGACCGGGCAGUGCCAGGCCGGCGCCAACCAUUGCACCGCAUCCAGCCGCAGCAACAGGUGGGGAGGACGCCGACAGCAGGAAACAAUGAUAAUGAAUCCUGAUGAGCGCUCAACACCUCAUGGUUUCAAAAAUUUGGGCUGCAGUCCUGACUGCCAUAGCCCUUAAUGUGGCUUCGACUCUACUGUAAGUCUUUCUUGUUCUGACCCCGUGGUUGAGCAUGCGGUUUGUUGGGAAGCAGGGUUUCAGACGGUGAAGGAGACUGGUGUUAGGGUGCGGUGAGAGUAACAAACGAGGAGGUAGACCCUGAAGAUGUGUGACCUCACGGACUGCACUUUUAUAAAUGUUGUCAGUGUAUCUGACAGAGAUGUGUGUGAGAGCUCAUACUCACAGAGAUGUACUGCCAGAAAUAUAACAGUACGUUUCAGCACCUAAAUCAUGGAGAGGCCAAAGUUUCCACAGAGCAUGCUCAUGAUGGUGUUUGGGAGCCUAGACAGGGAGGUUUUGGUUUCCUUGAAGCCCCUUAAACAGGUCUCAUGAAUACAGUAUGUAACCUGUGUUGUCUGUGUCGCCUCUACAUACGGGCAGGUUUGUCUGUUUGCUCAUGUGUCUGUGUCCUCCUAACCAUGAAUGCUGUAAUCUCUUCUGUCUGCUCUGUCUGUCCUGACCUUUUCUUUUCCUUUAAAACAAAAGGUCGAGGUCAAAAAGGGAGUUAGCCUGAUUGAUCCGAUCUGUAAUGCACUUUAACAGAUGUCUGUAUGUCAUUUAAUUCAACCUUCUGAGAGACUUCCGUACUGUUUUUAGUAGGUCCUCUUUUCUCAUCAGAGGGCUUCUCCACUUCAGAUUCAGCCUGAUGAUCGUUACGCUGAUAGAAACACACCUUCCAGUCAUCAAAUCAAAGUGCUUCUUAUGAGAUGGUUUAGCUUCGAGUUGCACUUUCUUGCAUUUUAGUAUCCUGAUUUGACAGGAGGGGGGGUAAAGUUACAAAUCUUGAUUCCUUGACUCAGCUGCAACACCACUUUGUGAGAAAGAAAGAUAAAGUAAGGAUCACUUUCUUUCAUAUUUGUUUUUUUGCCUAGUGCAGCUGGAAAGAAGAGUACGCUGAGGUCAGUUUGCUGGACUGCCUGAUCUGCAGAUUCAGUGUUUUUGUGUCUUUUUACCUGAAUCCCAGCGACUCAGAGGGGGUCAUUGAUUAAUUGACCUAUCGGCCCUUUCUGCUGAGCAAUCAAUACUCCCCAAAACAACGAGGGACUCCCAGUAUUGAUUACAUCAGUAAUGAAGAUGUAGCAUUCUUGUUCGUCUUGUUUUAGUCCCUUGCUGGGGACCUCGCACAGAAAUCAGAUGGCGUGGGAAUACAUGUUUGCUUGUCCAUGACUGUGUGCGUGUUAGAGACGCACCGGUCCGUCCCUCUCUUUAGUCCCUCUGGACACAAACCUGCAGACUCUCUGUGGUCAGUCAUGGAUACAGCCAAACAGUGUUAUUCACAGUCUCACAGCAGCAGAGACAGUAAGUUGUUACUGUGGCUCUUGCAUUUUUAAUUCUGUGCCAGGUCCAUGUGCAGCAAAUUAAAACUUCUGGCUUCAUCGAAUCAUUUCGAACUUUUUAACAAUCCAAACGCUGCUGCUGCUGCUGCGGUGGUCGGGAUGUGCACUGUAAAACAAUCUGUUUCAAUUGAUCAUUGUGCUGGAAGAAAAGGAAGCCCUUUCUCUUGCUUCAUCGUCAAAUUACCUCGAAAUGCAUGAUUCACUUUAGAUGAAUUUCUUCCUGCAGGAAUGAUUGAUUUGUUUUCUGACCUUGGCACGAAGCAGCCGAUUGGAUUCCUCCAGCUGAGCGAAAACAGCAGCCAAUUUGUACUCCCAGACGGAUAAACAUAAACAAUAAACGCCGUGUUUUACACUGUAGAUACAAAAAGAACACAAUCGAGAGAAAACCUGGGCUUGAAUUCGAAGAGUUUGUCCACCUCCCUGCUUAUACACCUAGUUUGACCGUUCCCCUCGAUUUCUCUUCAGCGUUUAAUGAAAUCAAAUCAGAAACCCACGGAGGAUGGAUGAGUGAGGCCCAGCCCACAUUUGGCCUUAAUGCUACUAUACUGCCAUAGGGGUUAUAUCCUCCCAGUCCUAUAUAACAUGCAUAUUUAAUGGACGGGACAUAUAUAAGAAACAUAUUUACCAACAUAUAUGAAAAUUAAUUAUUUAUCUCUUAUAUAUUGGGAGUCUUGUUGGUUGCUUCAACCUUGUCACUGCAGCCUUGAAGGGGCUUUGAGACGGUCCAUGCGUGGCCGUCAAACCCCGGAAAAAGGAGGUAAAAGGGAGCAGGUUUGGUCGAGUUUACAGAGGUAUUAUCCGAGAGUCUUGAAUAUUGCACCCUGUAGUGAUUGGAUGCAUCACUUUAUGCGAAUAUAUCAACAAACUGUAUACCGUGGAAGUAUUUUUAGUAACCCGUCUGAACCUGGCAUGAGUAUAACAUCCACAUACUUCAACUUUGAAGAAACAUUUACAGGAAAAUCGAUGAAAAGAUGAAACGUCUGUUCAUCUCCUCGUACGCGUACUUUGAGAAAAUAACCCAAAGAUGGAGACAAAGCUUUGGCCUGAUAUUCCCUCGCUCCCUCUCCUCUUUUACAACAAAGAUGACCACGUCCUAAAAACCAGAGAGGCUGCUGGGAGAUGCAGUCUCAGAGAGUUUUAUUUCAUAUGUAUCUAUGAGUCUUUUUCUACUGGAUCCUGAAGCCUUAUACGCGCUUCUGUGAAGAGGCCAACUUUAGGGGUGUGCUUGUUUGUUCACCUGGUGUGCAAAGAUGGGUGGAGUUAACCUGUUAGACUCCACCUGUCUUCUGCACCGCCGGCUGAAAAACCAAGAAUGCCCAGACUUUGUCUUGUUGCAUGGGGGCUGCUGUUGCCUUUGGUACUUUGUAUACGAUGUAAACCUGUAUGUAUCCGUGCCCCCCUUCACACACGCUCCUCUCUUUUUCUGUCCUGUCUGUGUCUUUGUCCUUCUGUGUCUGAAAUCUGCAUAAUGUUGCUCGACCUUCUGGAUUAAUUAUUCAUGUGCUGUGGACGUCCCCCCCACCUCCUCUUCCCGUGAGCUUCGUCUUGUCAGAAAUCUGCCCGAUCUGUUCUCUUCUUGGGUUCGUGUUCCCACCGGCUCAUCCCAAAACAGUUCAGGUGCUCAUGUUCUCUUUGUCCGGUCCUAACCCGGGGACGCAAAGAUACUUUUAGCACUGAGAUGUUGCCCUGAUAGACGGCUUAGAGAGUGCCUCUCGUCCAACUACCAUUUUAGUAUUCAGCAGCAGAUAUCAGCUCCCCAGGUGGCCCCUCAUUACCUCUUUCACAGGUCUCAAAACGGUUGUCUUCAUCUUAAGGUCAUGAGGAUGAUUCACAGAUGGAGAAAUAUGAGAGGAUGUGGAUAAACAGAUGCAGGGAUUACAGGUCUCCUCUUCAGAUUUACAGUCUUCUCUUGUUGCACACACACACACACACACACACUCCCAUUUUCCUGGAUUUAGUCAUGCAGUCAUGUGAGGAUCAGGAGCAGCAGCUGGAACGGAGGCUGUGUUGGAGUCUCUGCUCCUCCCUGCUGGUGCUUUGAGGCACGAUGGCAGAUCAUUGACUCCGGUUCUGCUUUGACGUGAGUCAGCAUGGCGGUCGCAGUGGGUAGUUUGUUGUGACCUUGUAGCAGGCUGUCACUUUCAUGACGCGUCCAUGUUGUUUGAUGUUCUUGUCCCUUUGAAUCACUGGCCUUUAGUUUGAAAAUGUUUGAGCUGUUUAUGGACGGAUGAGACCGCACCGAAGUUGGUCGUUGUUUCCAAAGGAGAACCAGCUUGCUAAGCUAAAAACAGAGAGGAGUUGUGCCACGGCCGCGUUACUAAAUAAGAAUAUGUAGAUUUUAAACUCUGUUGUUGUGUGUUUACAGGAUAUUUAGAUCUGAGGGAGAGAUUUUGUCUAUUUUUUUAGUAAAAGAUAUUGAAAGAAGAAAACAGUCCUGGGUAUCUUGAGAAUGAGUAUAUGAGGCAAGAAUGUUGUUGACGCUUGUUUUCAUGAUUCAUUUCUCUUUACAAUGUUUAUGUUUUAUUCUCCAUUCUCACCUCUUUCUUUCUCCAUCAACAGACCACAGACAGAUCCAAAAAACAGAACAGAACAGGUUUAACUCAACACGGAGGGAGCAGCUUUUGCGGUGAAGUGAACAACCUUUGACUUCACUUUAAAGAGUGAGAUCGAAAACUACAGUAAAGACUAAUGAGCAGACCAGAAACAGGCUCAUCUGUGGUAAAUCCUUCAGCUGCACAUGGAUCUAAAUUGACCACAGACUGCUGCCUUUUUUAGUCUAAUUAGAUAUAUAAGAGAUUAAAGUCGAUACUCUUGGAUUAAAACUUAUACUUAUAUUCUUUUCUAAACUGGUUUUCAUACAAAUCAGGCUAUCAGUAUGACUUCAAGUCUUUGAGUUUUGAUGAGUAUUUUUAUUCAAGAUGUACUGACAUGAUAUAAAGGCCAGUUAAGGACAAUCUCCAGUCGACACACUGUCUGCCUUUAUAAACAUGGAUGGACUUAAAUGCUCCUGAAAAAGUUCUUUUACUCAACUUGUUUCUUACCUCUGGGUUUUGUCUGGUGAUGGGUGAUCACAUGCUCUGAAUGCUGCAGGGAGACAAGAUUGAUCCCAUGACCAGAGACCUACACGCCGACUGUCAACUUUGUAAUAUAGUUCAGUUUAAAGUUAAAACAUUCAUAUAUAUAUAUAAAUACCUGGUAAUAUGAAGAAGUUGCACUAGAUUUUUCAUCCAGAUUAACAACAAAAUAAUGUUUAGUUAUCGUUUGUAAAUGUAGAAAAUAUUUAAGAAAUCAUUUUUCCAUUUUCUUGACUUUUUCUUGCAAAGAUUUAUGUUUUAACUAAAUGAACUUGAAGCUUGUUUCCAAAAAUAUUCAAUAAUGAGGAGAAACUCUGUUGUUGUUGUUUCUAACACCAUCUUACUCAUCACUAACUCUUCACUCCUCCAUCCCUCACCUCUUUGUGCUUUUCCCAGCCUGGAUGUGUCCCUACUAGAGAGAGAGAGAGACCGAUUAUUCAGGAUGAUUAACGGCAUUUUAGAAUAAUCACGUUGGUUAAUGCCGGCGGUCAUGAGGCCAAUAAUAAUCAUAAUGUCUGCAGACGCUGCAGACAGCCUCAGAUGGUAAAUGAGCAGGUUAACUUUGAAUGUGUUUACCUUGAUUGGCCAUUUGGCUUUCCUAGUAUAGGACACUGUAGUUAAAUAAUGCUUGAAUUGACAUAAACACAAGUUUAGGUGUAAAAUUAAAGACAUAACCCAAUUAUUUUAUUUUCUAUUUCAUCCACGUAAAACAUGCAGUUGGCUAAACUAACUUUGUUUAUCAUAGAUUAUGUCCAUGAUUUAAUGCAAUCAUACAUCCAUACAUACACCACCUCUUAUCUGAUAUCAGUAAAUUGAUGUAUGUCAACAACCACAACAAACCCACACGUGUGUUUUCUAUCAGGCAUCAACAACAGCCACUGAAAAAAAAACCUGAUAGCGGUCCAUCUCUCUAGUACCGACACAAAUGAUUGGACAACUGUCUGUGAGCUGGUGAAAGCCAAGCCCAUCACCCCUCCCUUCAACCACACACACACACACACACACACACACACACACACACACACACACACACACACACAGACAAACACACACACACACCCAGCCAGUCCUCUAACCCUCAGUCACUGCUGCCUGUUUUCAGGUCUUGGAGCGACACGGAGAACUUCUACUCCAACGAUCGCAGCAUCCUGACCCUGUCGCCCAUCGAGGCCACCCACUGCUGACUCCCCGGGGGGGUCUCAAACACACAGUGAGGGACAGCUACCGCUCUGUUAUGAGUCAUAAUCACACCACCACACCCCCGGCACCAUUUUAUGCACCUACUUCAGUUUGUCGAUGCAGCACAGAUGGGAUGGGAGCUGUCGGAGUCUGUAAACCAAAGGACCUGGCUGGUUGCAACAAGCUGCGAUCAAUCAACUCAUAAUACAAAAAGAUGAGGAGGACCGAAGCUGCAAGUGGAAGGAAAUAAUAGAUGAAGCAUGGAAUAAGUCAAUACAGCCAGAGGCUGACAUCUGAAGAUGAAGUAGUCAACAACUAUCUUCUUCCUGCUGCUCUCAGGGCGUCUGCAGCCGUCUGUGAGAAGAUCAUAUUCAUAUUCAGCUCUAUCUUAGAUUUCUAGAACAAAUGUCUUCUAACAGUUACAUGGAACCUCAACCAGAUAUUUAUUUUUCUUUUUUGGUGCAGUUGCAACCUUUUUGUUUCUUGCAACUGACAUUAAAAUGAUCCUGUCAGAGAGUUUCUGAAACAGGACGGAGAUUCUAGACAGCUGCAGAUAUUAGACCAUGUCACGCAACAGUCCUCCUUAAAGCAUCCCGGGUAUUGUAAGCUGACCGACCCGGUUUGGACCUGGCUGUCAGUAAUGCACAUGUAGCACCAAGACAAACCCUCAAAAUAAAGAUUAUUCUAAGUCUCCAUGUGUUGGCUUACAGCUGAAGCAAACAUGAUGUUACUUCCAUGAACUCUCUCAGCCACAGAGGACCUUCAUUCCUCUCUCUGAUGGAAAGGGAAAAGUCCUGUAGCUUUAGGAACCAUGCUGGUUCUGUAAACGUCUAGAGCUACAGAACCUCCUCAAAACUGUGCAAGGAAAUCCACCUCAACGGUGGAACCAAAGACCAAAGGAUUCAGACUGGAAUAUAAAAGACAAAGAUGCGUUUAUUUUUGUGCCUGAUUGUACAGAAGCUUAUUUUGUGGAGGAGAUGCUUGUUUUUUGUCCGUGCUGCUUUCAGGCCCCUCUCCCCCCUCGGUGUCUCAGUCUGAAGGAGGCCGGACGGGUCUGUUUGAAAAGCCAUACAUUUUUCAGAGGUUAUAUUACAGGUAGAUUAUCGAAGGUACUGCAGAUUAGAAGCUGUUGAGCCUGUUUGUUACUUAAUGUUUGGAAACUUGUUCCCUUGAAUGCCUUUUUCUGUUUCAGCCCGGUUUGCAAAGGCAUCUCUGCAUUAAAGACUUUGUCGCUCUGGGAAUAUUUGAAGGUGAAAGGAUCAAAUGUCCUCACAUCAGUACAUCUGAAUUGGAAAAAAAAAAAGAAAAGUGCUUCGCUCAGUUUCCUAAAAAUAUUCCCUGAGUAACAGAUCACAUAAUGGUUCCAUGAAAAGUGGCUCUAAUGGCGAGAUGCUUUUCCAAACCCCGGCUGAAGCGCGUCGACCCAGACAGCAGAAUGUCUCUAUCUUUAGAGGGUUAGCUAAAGCGGAUAAAUAUGUUGCAGCUUCAGCAGAGAGGAAACGAAGAGCAGAACAUUUGCACAAGUCACAUAUCAAAAUCACUUCUUCAUGUUGUCUCAUUGUUCGUCUCUCACCAUUGAAAUCAUUCAUCAUUUUUUCACUGUUUCUGUUUUUGCCCUCUGUGUGUUGAAGAAGUGUGUUUAUGUGUGUGUGCGUCUAAAUAUUGGUGUUUUUGUACGUCAGCCAUGCUGGUUGAAGGAUACACGGUUACGAUGCUUUGUUUUAGUCUCUUGAGGUCAAAAGAAUCACUUGUGUACUUGGAUUGAUGGGACUGGUACAAUUGAAGCACCUCUAUUCAAUCCUUUUAGGGCCCAAAUCUCGACUAAAUGACCCAACAAACCCUUAUAAAGCUGUGUAGAUGUGCUUGCAGCCAGACACUUGAAGCAUUUGUAGAUUAAAUGUCCAGCAGAUACAAGCCGUGAGGUUUUGUGUGUUAGGUUUUAGGAGAUUUAGAGUUACAUACAACCUAAAUGUUGCAGACUGAGGCUGCGAGACACACCGGUGACAAUGAAUCAAAUACAAGGAAGAAGACAUCAACUCAAAACCUCUAUCAACGUCAGAUUCUGACUCCUGUAUUUCUUCAUUGACUGAAAUGCUCCUGGCGUUUGUUUCCCCGAUUUGAGCUGGUUAUGAAAAAUGUAUCACUGAGCAAUAUGAUAAAAAAAAAACAACAACUAUGGAGAGAUUUAGGGAAGUUGAAACUCGAGCAGAGCUUCACAGCCAGCAGGACUGAUUUAAAUAUAAGCUGAGAAAUAUUUUAAAAAAGUCAUUUAAUGUGCUCCAGCUCAAACAUUGAUUAUAUUGGCUGCCGUAGUGGAAUAUUUAUGAUAUAUAUGUCAACAAAAAUCCAUAUCCGCCUAAGAAAUCCUUGAUCUGUCAGGCUGUCAUAGUAACAGCAUCACCCAACGGCUCGGGUUUGUUACUCUUAAAUUCUCAGUCCGAGGAAAGAUGGUCAAAUGAGCAGAACCUGAACCAGUUCAGUCGAUUUCUGAGGUUUUGCUGAAGACAAACCAGAGUGUAAUGUAGGAACCUUUUGUAGACAACCGUUUUAGACUUGACAUCUACAGCCUCACAACAGUGAGACUUCCACAGUCAGAGGAUGUUUCUGUCCAAAAUCAGAGUCGAACAUGUUUUUGUCUCUCUGCUCAUCGAAUUCUCUGUAAAUCUUCCUGACGGUACAUUGUUAGAGGCCUGUUACAUUCUGUCUGUUCACACAGAGGACGAUGAAAGUGUCUAUUUAUUAUUGCUGUAAGUUUUUUUUCUGUUUGUGUUGAAUAUUUGUUACAUAUCAAUCUGUAUUUGUCGACUGUACAUGACCUGAAUGCAGCAACUGUUGGUUUUCUUUUGUCUUGAUUUUAGACAGCAUGUCAUCUGAAGGUUCAAACUCCAUCCAUGCUGGUUUUGGUCUCAUCUGGGAACUGAUAGCUCAACACCUGAGCUAUAUUUUAUUACAGAACAUUGAAAAGAUGCUUCCAGUUACACCACUCCAUCCAAAAACCCUUUUAUACUGUUAUUUCUUCUUUAUUUAAAGUAGUUGGGACUAUUAAAUCCAAGCUGUAUACACCUGCGAUAGCUAGAAGGAGACGAAUAUACUCUUACUGUCAUCAAUUUCAAAAAGUAAAUAUCUGCUCAGGCUUAAUGGAAAACUCUUCUCGGCCUGUAAAAACAGCUGUGUAAUUGUCUCGAUGACUCUGAAGUGAGCCGAGGAAUCAAUCUUCAUAAUAGCCUGCCUUUUAAGAUGCAUUAUGGGAGCUGCAGGAUCCAGAGUUUUUAAGCUUCACUUACAUGUAAAACUUAACGUUUGCCUGUGAUGCUUUUAUUCGGACUGCUGUUUUUUUUUUUUUUCUAUGAAACACCAAAUCCAAGAGUGUCCCUUUAAAAAAAGAUCCUGGUAAAGAAAAACACUGGAUCCUGCAGAGGCUGUAAGAGUCUUGAACCUCGAUGUGGACUCAUUUAGCCCUUUAAUGCCUGAAACCACAAAUUAUGGACUGAAAAUUUAAGUUUUUUUUUGGAGCUGAAAUGUUUAUUGGUACUGAAAACCAAAAAAAUCUAAAUGUCCUUAAAAUUGAACAAAUAUAAAUAUUGAUCUAAUUUGAUACAUUAGAUGUUUUAGGAAACUGAUGAACCACGAUAGGAUAUUUUUAUCAUUUAUCAGACUUUAUUCAGGUGUUUUUUUUUUUUUGUUAUUUGUUAGUCAAGUCAAGUCAAUGUUUAUUUAUGAAGCACCUUUAAAAGACAGCAGUCAAACAAAGUGCUGUACAUCGGAUAAAUAAAGGAAGUAAAUAGGGAAGUAAAGGCUCUAAUAUGGCCAGGUAAACUGUUCCACAGUCGAGGGGCAACCGCUGAAAAGGCCCUGUCACCUCUAGACUUGAGUUGAUCAUAUUGAUUUGAUAGAAGUAUCAAAAAAGUAUGCAUUAAAUAUCAUUCAAAAGGCAUUAAAGGGUUAAACACCACUUUGAAAAAAGCCUCUAGAUCACAGAAAAACUCAAACAGAGUUAAACUUUCUUGAGAGCUGAAAAUAGAUAUUUCAAGUAGCAGAUGUCAAUAAAACCGGUUUUGGUUAAAACUUCAAGUUAGAAGUCUAACACACCACUCGGCUCUAAAUUUUGCAACUCACCAGAGCCAUUUAGAAGAAAUUGUUCUAUUUUGACCCCAAGUUUGUCGUUCUUCCUCUCUUGAGGUAAAAUUCCUUCAAGUGUGGAUCAGGACUUUCAGGAUUCAGAGCUCUGACCCUGCGGAGCGAUUGAAUGACAGCCGAGCAGAUGGCAGGAGGGGAGAAGUCUAGUCCUCCCUGGCCUCGAGGCAAACAAACAAAAAAAAAAAGUGAGCUGUGCAGAAAACACCUGCAGUGUUCGAGUCGCUCUGAUGCCCCCUUGUGCUCGGCUACGGACUCCCCGUGAGCUCAAAAUUCAGUGAAUGGAAUUUGACAUAAAAAUUAUUACAUACGGGGAAAAAACUGGACUUUAGCUAAUUAAGGAGACAACAAACAACAACAGGCUGGAAUAAUGAAACUAAACAAUCAUUAUUUUGGGCCUCCAUAUUCACGUGUUCGAAUUGAAAACAGCAUGAAAAUGUGGUUGAGAUAUAUCUGUGUUUUCUCUCAGACUGUGUCUCCAGGUACAGAUGACUCUAUUUAUUUGACAUAUUAAAUGUAAUCAGGGUCAAAGUUGGGCCUCACUGACAUCCUAAUGCUGUUAGCGCUGAAAAGAGAUGCACUAAUGUGACAGAAGUUACAACAAAGACCUGAUUUUCCAGAGUCUCACAGCGCUGACGUCAUGGGAGCUUCAUCACAGGAGAGCAGAGCGGUUUGGAAAUGAGGCCUCCUCCGGGGUAUUUCUGGAAGCAGGAGAUUACUCAGCCACAUAAUUCAAAAGAUUAUUAUUUCAUAUUUGAUACAGAACACGGUGGAGUCAUCCGUCAGAGGCACGGUUUAAUUUAAGUUAGAUAAUUCAUGAAAGACAAAAGAGCUGUUCAAUUCUGCGUGGUUUCAAUCCACAUACUGCUGCUGGAGAUACUGGCGAUCAUUAACCAAUGAAUAAAUCAGUCCAUGGUUUUAAUAGAAGAAGUCAAGUCUCACCUGAGUGUGUGAGGGUCAAACCGCUGACGUCAGAGCUGCUGAGCUCUCUGAAAUCCCAGCCAGAGCUUUACAGACGUGAAUCAAAUUAAGUUCUCCCUGGAUCAGAUCAUCUGAAAAGAGGAAUGUAAAUGAAAUGUCACUGAUCAGUUUUCUGCAGCAGAUUGUCCUGUGACUCAGCAUCAGCCUGUGAGAGACCAGGCUGCAGAUCAGUCAGCGCUGAACGGUGUGUGCUGGAAUCACUUUUAUCCUCUCCUGUCCUCAGUAAACCUCGCUGCACCGACGAUUAACAGCCCGCCAUCAUCACUCUUCUGUUCACUGAUAUCUGUUGUCUGUCCGUCCGUCUGUCCUUCCCCUCAGUCUGUAAAUCUGUCUUAUAGCUGAUGUUUAUGAAGAUGCGGCUCUAUUUACGAAAUAAAUACAUUUUUAAGAAAAGGA